GGAAGCGCCGCGGUUGCUAUGGCGACUGCCGGGUGGCUUCCGGCCGAAGGGGGGCGGGAGGAGGCGUCCGUCGCCCGGAGGGGUUUGGGCGCCGCCGCCGCCGCGGGAGGAGGAGGAGGAGGAGGAGGAGGAGCCCGUUGCCAUGGUGCCCAGCAAAUGCCGGCCGGCCGUCGCCGGGGCCCGACCGGGACACGCCGUCUCGGUAAGCGGGGGGCGGGGGGGCGCCUCCCUCUCCAGAGCCCCUCUGAGGAGACACAAAGGGAGAGGCAGAGCCUCACGGGCCCUCCUGCGUUUGUGUAUUUAACGCUUCUGAAUCCAUAUAUUUAAUAGUCAUCUACCUAUAUAACGUUUUCUCAUCCUUAUUUAUAUGGAUGCAAAAACAAGUAAGGUGCUGGAAAAAGGCAGGAUAUAAAUAGAAUAAUAAUAAUAAUAAUAAUAAUAAUAAUAAUAAUGCAAAUGAAUGUAAUAGUAAAUACACAUACAUCUAUAUUUAUUGUUAUUAUGUGUGCACUAGUGGUCAAAAUUGUGGAAACCUUUUGGGAAAAGUGUAUUUCCGAGGUUUGAUGGCAUAUAACACCACUUAUUUUUGGAGUAACACCAUAAAAUUAUAUAUCAAUGGAAAGAUAAUUUAAUGAAGAAUGUAAUGCAAUAACUUUUAUGAAGGAUUAUUUAUUACAACAGCAGUCAUAAAAAAGAAAUGUGAAACACAUAGAAAAAAUGAGAUAUACAAAAUUUUUCACCAUGUCAGUUAAUAUUUAGUUUGGUAACCUUUAGCUUUAAUUACGGCCUUACAAUGCCUUCCCAUGCAGUGAAUCAAGUUUUUUAGUUCUGCAGCUGUAAUAAUGUUAAACCAAGAUUGAAUUAUUGCCUGUAUUAAUUGGGUUUUAUUGCUGGGUUGGAUCUGACUAACAAGUUUCUUUAGUCGGCUCCAUAGAUUUUCAGUUGGGUUAAGGACUGGGCCAUGUAUUUCUGGGCAUUUACAUUCCCAUUAAUGAUGCAAAUUCUGCCCACACCUUUUGCUGUCCUACAACCCCAGAUCAUAAUGUUAACUGAGUGUUUCACGGUAGAUGUAAUGCAAGUAGGAUGUAAAUCUUCUCCAAUUCUUCUCCUCACAUAUUUCAUGCCAUCACUACCAAGCAAGGAGAUUUGGGUCUUAUCAUUCCAAAUAACACUGUCCCAUUGUUCCGCUGUCCAGUUAACAUGCCCAGUUUCCUCUUUUGAACCUUUGUUUGAGAGAUAACGAUGACCUUUUCCUUGGAAUUCUAGCAUUUAGACAAUAUUCCUGCAGUCUGUGUUGAACAGUCCUUGCACUCAACUUCACAUUACCUUGCACCAUGUCAUCUUGUAUACCCCCAGAUGAUUUUCUUCUGUCACAUAGGCACAGUCUCUCAUUUCUUCUAACAUCACUUGCUGCUGUGCACCUUUUCCUGCCUUCCUGAUUUUGUAGUGGCUGAGUCUCCUGAUACCUCUUCAUAAAUUUAGAAAUGCCACCUUUGGUUAAGUUUCCACCAAUUUUUCUUCUAAUUUCUUCAUAACUGUAGCCUUGUUCACUUAAUAGUACUAUUUCACAUGGCUUUCUGGGUGACCAGUCAACUCUUUGUGCCAUUUCUUUAAUUUUAUUACGUUUUACAAGCUCACUAAAUGGAAGAACACAAAAGAAUCAACCAACUGAAAAUGUCCUCCUCUCAUCUCCAGUACAUAGCAUCAGUAGCUGAAUCCUACUCUGACAUUGAUUGAAUCAUUGCCAAAACAAGAUGACACCUGAUUGGCUCUCUAAACCCUCCUGCUCAUUGGCUACAUUCAAAUGAAGGAAAGCUACUGCAUAUCAACCUAAGCAAGUUGUGCUUCCUUUUUUCUGGUUACUUGGCUAUAACUUUUGAUAGAAUACAGAAAAUUGAACAAACUUUGUUGCAUUACAUUCUUCAUUAAAUUAUCUUUCCAUUGAUUAUAUAAUUUUAUGGUAUUACUCCAAAAAUAUGUGGUGUUAUGAGCCAUUAAACCUUGGAAAUACACUUUUCCCAAAAGAUUUCCACAAUUUUGACCACUAGUGUAUGUUAUCACCUUCAUCUGUAAUUAUUAUUAUUAUUAUUAUUAUUACUGUAUUAUUAUUAUUAGUAUAUCCCACCUUUUUUCCUAAUAGGGACUCAAGCCAGCUUACAACUAAAAUAGAAACGUAUUUUUAAAAAAUCAUUAAAAACAAUUAAACAGUAAAAUUCAUAUAGUGACCACAUACAGAUCAUUAUUUAUGUUCCAAUUUUUAUUUCCAUUGCUUUUAAAUUCAUACAUAUCUAUAUGAGGUUUUAAUCUUUCUUUAGCAUACAUUGGAAUGUUUGUUAUAUGACAUGUGGUCAAAAACUGGUCACUGGAUGUGGUGGCAGAUUCAUUAGCGAUCUUCCAUCUCUUAUUUCAGAUUAUUAGAUUAUACAGUGUAUCUGAUUUUCUAGCAUUCUUCACCUUCUGUUAUUUAAAUUAUAUAUUCCUGAAAGUUAUUAAUACCUCUUCAAUUUCCAGGCCAACAAUUAUGGGCUUCAGCUGGUUCUCCAGAGUACAUCAGCAGCAGAAAGAACCAAGCCUGUGAGACCUGAUUUUUUAUUAUUGAAAUACAGCUGUACACAGUUGUCCAGUGUAUUUGAUGUUUUGUGUCAUCAAAUGAUAGAGUACAAUGCUUUCAAUGAAAUUUCCCAUAUGAUUUGUAACUGUGCAUAUGAUCUAAUGUAGCCUUUGUCAAUCUAGUGUCCUCCAGAUGUUUUGGACUACAACAAUCAUUAGCCCCAGCAAGUUUGGCAGUAGUGAUUGGAGCUGAUGAGUAUUGUAGCCCAAAACAUCUGGAGGGCUCCAGGUUGACAAUGGCUGAUCAAAUGUUUGAUGUUUUAUUGUGUUUUAUAUAUUUUGUUGUCACCCUGUGAGUUACCCUGAGUGGCUGGGGCAGUCCAGUCAGAUGGGCAGCAUAUAAAUAUAAUAAUAGUAAUAGUAAUAAUAAUAGUGAUCCAGGACAUGAAAACACACGUAUCUAUAUACGCUACAUCACUGGUGAGAAUAGCCAGCAGCACUUCACCUGGCUACUGAUUUUUAUUGCCUUGGUAGGUGAUCCAGGCAGGGCACAUUGCUGCCAACUCCUUUUUCAAUUUCUUUACUGGCACCACUUGGUUGUCUUUUAAAUGUAUACUGUAUCUAUGAGUACACAGCCUCAUAUUAACCGUGUGCUCCAGUAAAUCACUCCUUUCUUUCAGUUACCUAUCUGGGAACAGCUUAAUAGAUAUUAUUAAGAUAUCCUGUCUGCAUGUCUUUAAAAAGAAGCAUUCAAACGCAAUGCACUAAUGGUCUAUCUGAGCAGCAUGAGGCAUAGCAUUAAAGCAGCUGUUUAAUAUACAGUGGGCCUACAACUUAUGUGGGGGUUCGAUUCUAGGGGUCUGUGCUGAAUUGCAAAAUUGCUCAAAUUCAGGAAACCCAGGAACUGCCCCCCAGAACUGGCAGCAUCCCAGAACCCUUGCGUCUCCUUCCCAAAGCCCAGUAGGUGAGGUGCCACCUUGCUUCCCAGCCUCUGGGAAGGAGGUGCAAGGGUUCUGGGAGCUUCCCAGGGCCCUGCCAUGAUCUCCCCAAAGCAUGGUAAGCAAGGGAAAUCCUCUGGGUGUACAUGUGUGUCUGUGGAAAUAAAUAAACAAAGAGACUCUGCUCUCUGUUGUUUAUUUAUUCCCUCCAGAUAAUGUUGCGAUUGCGCAUGUAAAGUAAAGCAAAUUGCAGAUUUACUGUACAUCUCCUUCUCUGUCCCAAACUGUAAGGGAAUCCCACAUGCACAGUGAGGCAUUGACUGCCCCCUGUUGUGAAUAUUAUGAAAUGUGAUACUGACAUAGAAGUGUACAUUGGUAUUCUACAUCAUACACAUGGUUGGUUAUAUGUGUGGUGAGGGGAAGGGGUACAACUUAAUGGAACUAUGGAUAGGACAGUAGGAAGCUGAAACAGAUUGGUCCACUUAUAUUGUCUUUGUGUGUAUUGUCUACAUCAGGCACGUCCAACAGGUAGAUCGUGAUCUACCGGUAGAUCACUGGACGUCUGUGGUAGAUCACUGGUAGAUCAGUGGCUCCCCCCAAAGAAGCUCAACAAGUUUGGUUCCCCUGAAAAAAGCUCAGCAUUCUUGACCUGAACCCCUUAAAAACUGGGCUUUCCUCCUCCCUAAGAAAAGUUCAACAACUUUGACCUGAACCCCCCAAAAGGGGGUAGAUCACUGCCAGUUUUUAACUCUAUGAGUAGAUUGCAGUCUCUUGGGAGUUGGCCACCCCUGGUCUACAUAGACCACCACCAGCGGCUCUCCAGGAUCUCAUUCAGGGGACUUUUCCACCCCUCCCUGGGUUGAACCUGGGGCAUUUGGCUGAAAAGCUCUACCACUGAGUGAUGGCCCUUCCACAUAUGGAAGUAGUUCUCUGUAUCCAGUUUCCUGUGCCUGGACUGAACUUCCCAACCACACCAACAUAUCAUUGGGCUGUUAUAUGAAAUUUCCAGUCUACAUCUGAAACCAAGGUCACAGUGCAAUCCUAUCUAUACCUGUAUGUUCAGAAGUAAGUCCUACUGAGUUAAGUGGAACUUAUUUCCAGAAAAAUGUGUGUAUGAUUGCAGCCUUAUUACAGUCCCAAUACAUGCAGAUCCACGUUUUUCUUACUUUCUCAUUUGUUUGCAUUGACGUAUAAUGGUUUGUUGUAAUAAUUUCUGUUGCAGCUUGAGUUCAGAUUACACAAAGAGCAGCCGUAUCUUCAUAACAGAUUCUUGCAGCAUGAUCUUGAAAAGAACUAUCCAGGAAAACAAGGUAACAUUGUGAGACUGACUCCUCUUUCUUAAAGUUUGCAUGCCAACCAUGAAAAGAAUAAAUGUUUUUACAGCUGUAACAUAUUUUCAUUAUUUGUAAUUUAAUUUCUCACUGUUUCUUGAAAUAGGUAGCAAAGCUGUCUGCAGGCAAACCAUAGAUUUUUUUCUAGUUUAGGACCACUUUGAGAUCCACACGGCAGAUACAGUUACUGUGAAUUUACUGCUGUUGCAUUGAUGUUGUCUGCAGCAAACACAUAAAAGGGUGGCUGACACACCCAGUGGGGAUGUGUUGGGAGCCCCAGUCCAAACAGGUUCUUAAAACUUUUGCAGGGGCUUCCAAAGUCACAGGUCAUCCACAUUUGACAUGCAUGUUCUAGGAAAUACUGGUGUUUUAUUAUUUUGGUGUUGUGUUAAGCGUUUGUAUUUGUAUAUACGUUUUACAUAUGUAUGCCGCUUUGAGUCACUGGAUGUAGUAAGCAGUGAAUAACUGUAAUAAUAAUAAUGAUCUGCUUGAUGAGGGGGAUAGGAGAUGAUCAUUCUAGCUCUGCCCCUGACUGCAGUCUCUGUUUCUUUCCACGAGUUGGAGGGGUAACUUCCAUACUGUGGAGCCUUUUCUACUCAUGUAGGCUCUCUCCUAUGCAUGUAGAAGUUGAGUCUAUAACACAUGGAGGGAGACUGUGGUCAUGGCAAGUAUGAUAGUUUGUGAAAUUCUCAUGUAUAGCUGAUAAAUUAUAGCAUACCUGCUGAUUUCAAAGGGACUUCAUCCCAAGGAGUGGGAUGUGCCAAGGAGUGCAAAGGACUGCAACUGUAGUUCUGUAUUUUGAUGAGCAGCACUGUCAUAACCCUUAUAUAUAUAUUUUCCCCCCAGCCGAUGGAAGAUUAAGUCCUUUAUCACGCAGUAAAAAGUUGUAUGUCCCUGUAGCACCAAAUUUUGCAGAUAUUCCCGGCAUGGAGGUGAAAUAUGGUGCAGGCUCUCUGGCAACAUUUGGAGAUUCCUCCUUUCCCAACCCUUCAAAAUACAGACUUCAACAGGGCUGUCAUAAUGCUAGUCCAAAUAUUUCAGGUAAGUGAUGAGCACUGAUGUGGUGGAUAAAGCAGGCCUCCAAACAUUUGGCAUCUGUUGAAAGACAGGUAAAGGAGGACAUGAUAGAGGUGAGCAUGAUGUGGCUGAUAUGGAGAAACAGAAAUGUUUCUAUGUUUCAUAGAACUAAAACCCAGUAGAACUAGAACCCAGUAUGGGGCAUCCAGUGAAAGUGAAUGGUGGUAAAUUUAGGCUGGACAGAAGGAAUUUUGCUAUUGCAAGACGUUGUGAGGGUGACCAAUUUGGAUGCCAUUAAAAGGGGAUUAGACAAAUACAUGGAUGGUAAGGCUGUCAUUGGUAACUAGCCACGAUACCUGUGUACUACCUUCAUUAUCUGAGGCAGUAACUAAUAAGUACAAUUAUUAGUUGUAUCCCACUACCUUUGGAUCUUCUGAUAAAUUGAAUGAAUGAAUAAACAAACAAACAAACAAAUAAUAAUACAAUUAUUAUUGCUAGGUUUCAUGCUAGGUAUGAAGCUGGGUUGAACGUUGGGCAUCUGUGUAAAGAUCUCAGCCCUGUUCUGUGCCUCUGCUCCUCUUCACAUAACGGGCACUGCAUCUUCCUUUCCACCUUUCUCAUAUCUUCCAAUGCUUGUUUAUUCCAGUUCAUAUAAUAUUUAUAUUCAUCAGUAUUAUAUUUAAUUAUUAUAGUUAAGUAAUAUAUUCAAGUCUUCCAUGGAUCUCUCCACCCCAGUCAUGCUUUAUCCUUAGAACAAUCCCAUGAUGCAGGUUAGACUGAUAAAUUGUGAUUGGUCAGUAAGAUUCAUGACCAAGCAGGGAUUUGAACCUGCAGCUCCCCAGUCUGGCACUCUUAAUCCAGCCUUCCCUAACUUGUAGUCUGAAACAUUAAGAAGGCACAAACUCCCAUUAGCCCAGGCAUAGGCAAACUUGGCCCUCCAGAUGUGUUGGGACUACAGCUCCCACUGUCCCUAGCCAACAGGACCAGUGGUCAGGGAUGGUGGGAAUUGUAAUCUCAAAACAUCUGGAUGGUUGAGUUUGCCUAUGCUUGCAUUAGCCCCAGCCAGUGUCACCAGUGACCAGGGAUAAUGGAAACUAUAGUGCAAAACAUCCUAAGGUUGGGGAAGGCUAUGGAGUUAUACCAUGCUGGAUCACAUUAUUAUUAUUUUUAUCAUCAUCAUCAUCAUCAAUGUUUUUAUUUAAUGUUAUGCUGGAAACACAACCCCACAUAUCAUAAAUGUAACAUACAUACCCUCACAGUUAUUAAUUUCAUGGUUGCUUUGGCCAGUGCCUAUAAGCCUUCAAAUGCCUGGGGAGUGAGACAGACAGAUGCGCCUCACCAGGGAGGGUAUUCCACAGAUGGAACCACCACCAAGAAGGCCCUGUCAUGGGUCCAUGUGAGCUGGGCAGCAGUUAGAGGCAGAACUACCAAGAGGGCCUACUUGCUGAUUGUAGCUAUACACUUAGAUGCAUAGUUUGCCCUGCCCAACAAGAGGAAUAAUAUUUCCACAAUAACCCUGACUUCUCUUUCCUGUAUAGUCAUGGCUAAUUUGGACCUUAUAAGCAUAGAUAUGAAAUUAGAAUAUACAUACUUGCCUUCCAUGUGCCAUAUUGCCAUGUCACUUACAAGCAUUUCCCAACAAAACUGCUUCCGACUGGCGCAUAAGGAGCACAUCCCCUUCCUUAACUCUGGCAUUGCAACCUUGGCAUCAAGUCUCUCAUGUUUGUUGCUAGAGCUAGUUAGGCACGUGCAUCAUUGGACAGUAAAAUGGUAAUAUGUGUGUUUUUUAAAAGUUAAAUUCCUUUAAAUGUUCAUUUUUCUAUUAGAUAAUAUCAUUUAUGGGAACACUGCUUUUCCCCUAGUGCACCGAACUGCAGAAGAGAAAAUGCAGCAUUCUGACAGGCUGACCCUUGAAAGGUAAAAAUAGAAUUGGUGGGUGAUGCUUUUCACAGUAAUGUACAUGUUUACAUAGAAGGUGUUAUGAUAUCAUAUCACACAUACUCAUAGGAUUGCAGCCUUAGGCCACAGUCAUAAUCCCAUUUACCUGGGAGUAAGCCCCAUUUGAAUUCAGUGGUACUUAUUUCUGACUAGAAUAGAAUUGCACUGUUAGUCUGUCUGGGAAAAUCAUGAGCAGUGGCUAGUAUUAAGAACUUCAAUGGUUUUAUUCCUAUGUACAUAAAAAGGUAAGGCUGCACAACCCCCAUAGGAGGAUUUGUAGUGCCAUAUCACAAUCCUGGAUUUCCAUGAAGUCGGGGUGGUGGAGGGAAACAAAAGAGAAGGAAGGUUGCACAACAGCAGUGGACACGGCAUGGGAGUGAGAAGGGAGAAACAUCGAGGGGUGGGGAAAAGUGGUGGUUAAAAUAACCCCAAAAGGUUGAAUAAAGCAGGGAUGGAGAAAGCUGAUAGAAAAAUCAUGGAUUUAAACAACAGCGGAAGUUUGAAUAAAGUACUAUGGAAUAUUUGAGGGCAAAAUGUUCCCUCAGAACGGGAGUUUACCUGUUUGGGAAAUCAGGUCCUUUGCAUUGCCACUUCCCCCUGGUUUUCUGGUUUUUUCUUUUAAUGGGUACUCAUGGCUACAGUGCAUGCUCUGUCCUCAUUGCAAUCUUUUUGAAUUCCUGAUAUUUUUGUGGUUUUGAAAACCUUGGACUUCCCCUGAGUAUGCUGAUACCUCUACCUUUUUUCUCACUGCUUCAGUCAUGCCAACACUUUGCUUGAGUUUGCUUUUAGAAGUGAUUCCCUGUGUUUGUUGUCACCUGUACUAAACAUUUCUUAAAACUUUCCCCCUCCUAGACAAAAGCUGACUGUUUGCCCAAUUAUUGAUGGAGAAGAGCACCUUCGUCUACUGAGCUUCCAGCAUAACUGCAUAACACGGAUCCAGAAUAUCUCUAAUUUGCAGCAUCUUGUUUUCUUAGAUCUGUAUGAUAAUCAGAUAGAGGAAAUCAGCGGCCUUACUACACUAAGGUCCCUCCGUGUCCUUUUGUUAGGAAAUAACAGGUAAAAAAGGGAGGGGACCUUGACAUACUUAAAAAAACACUUUUCUAGUGUUCUCUGUGAAACUUGCAUAGGGUGUGUUCACUGUAAUGUCAAAUAAGUCCCCCUACGGUUGGCAGAGACGGAAUGCAGCAUAAUCUACUUCUUAUUGUUUGGUAAUCACGACUUACCUAGCUGUCUGCUUGCAAAGUCAAAGCCAGCCCUGACUAAUUUGGACAUGUGACAAUACAGAGGUGACUGUGGUAUCAAACUAAGGUACAGAAUUUGUGGAUAUGAGAAAAAGAAUAGCAGUUUUGCCAAUUUGUUCCCCAAGCAAGAACACAACCUGGGGUGAAUGCAGACUGUAGAUUUUGAAAUCUCCAUAGGUGUACCUUGAAACGAACCCUCAAAAGUCACUACCUCAGCUGCCAAAAUAUUAUGGUAUGUUUAUUAACCUUUCAACUUCUCAGAAGCAUACAAAGCCCAGGGCAAGUGGGAACAUGGGCUGCCAGUGGGAAGGAGUGUAGAAGCAAAUGGAGUAGACUGAAUUGGUCGGCUAUUAGACAGAGACCGUUAAUGUUGGGCCAAAUUAUGUAAUUAUACACACACAGGCAUGCUUUGCCCAAAUUCAGUGCAUGACCUGUGCUAUCAAAAGUCUUGGCUACUUCUACAGUACAGUGAAGUGUAAACUGACAACAUGGGUGAAACUGAACCUAUAAAUUAUCGUAUUUUUCGCUCUAUAGGGUGCACCUGACACCUGACCAUAGGUGCACCUAGUUUUCAGAGGGGAAAAUCAAGGGAAAAAAUAUGAUUCUUCCCCCCCCCCCAGCUCUGGGAGCAGCGGACAGGCUGCACGCAGCCUGUGCCCUUCUCCCAGACCUCCUCCCUGCUAUUGCGGGAGGUGGGGGAAUUCCCCUAUCUCCCGCAAAAGCCCAGAGGAGGGAGAAGGGACUGACUUGGCCAGUCAGUCCCUUCUUCCUCCUUGGGGAAAAGCCCCCAAGAGCGGCGCACUCUUUAAAGGCUGCGCAGCUCCUGCGGGCUUUUCUACGAGGUGGGGGAAUUCCCCUGCUUUCCCCCACCGCCAGCCUCAAAGACCAGGCUCUCCUGGCUUCAGCAAAAGCAACGCGAAGCCUCCGGAGCGCAGGCUUCAGAGGCUUCGCGCUGCUAUCGCUGAAGCCAAGGAGCCUGCAUUUGCUCCAUAGGACGCAAACACACUUCCCCUUAAUUUUUGGAGUGGAAAAAGAGUGUCCUAUAGAGCGAAAAAUACGGUAAGUCUCUUUGCAGACCCCAUAAACACAGCAACCUCCCUAAUCAGAGAACUCAUUACAUUUCCAAUGGUGUUGGGCCAACAGGUGAAUUUUGCAAAGUUGGAAGCUAUGUGCUUCAGCACCGCUCCUCACAUCCAAAAAGAACUCGCUAACGCAGGCAUAGUCAAACUUGGCCUUCCAGAUGUUUUGGGACUACAACUCCCAUCAUCCCUAGCUAACAGGACUCGUGGUCAGGGAUGAUGGGAGCUGUAGUCCCAAAACUUCUGGAGGGCCGAGUUUGCCUAUGCCUGCGCUAACGUCACCAAGGUAAAACUUUGCCACACCAAGUUCAGAUACCUAGGGGUACAAAUAACCAGAAACCUCAAUAAAUUAUAGCUCCACAACUACAACCUCUUGUGGUGACAAAUUAACAAAGACCUAAAGAGAUGGAACAACAUGAACUUCACUCUCUCAGACAAAAUAGCCAUAAUCAAAACGAUCACCCUCCCAAAACUAACCUACCUAUUCCAAACCCUCCCAACCUGAAUUCCCCCAGCCCAACUCCAUAAAUGGCCCCAAAUACCUGCACCUCCCCUCCUCAGAAGGACGAUGGGAAAUCCCCAACAUCGAAGCAUAUUAUAUUGCCAACCAAGUAUGUCACAUAAUCCCAUAUAUACUAGAAGAUGAGACAAAACAAUGAAUACACCUGGAGAGGGACACAACUGAAAAUACCUGCACCACAGCAUACCCAUUCCUCCCAAACGGAGGAAAAUUCCCACAACACUAAACAGGUGUACACAGACCAUGCUUAAAGCAUGGAAAGGUAAACUGUCCCCAGCCCCAGCCCCACUAAUUCCCCUGGCGUACCACCCAUUAUUCCAUCACACAGCACAAAACCUCCAGAUAAAAACCUGGCAAACCAAAGGCUUAUAUCACCUAACAGACUUCUAUCAAAAUAACAAACCCUUAUCAACACAAGAAAUACAAGACAAACUAGAAGACACCCAAAUGCCCUGGCUGACACGCCACCAAUUACAUGCCCUUGUAAACAAUCCAGUAGUAAAAUCAGCAGCAACUAGGCCCCUGACAACCUUCGAAAACCUCCUCCUAACGACAAAGGGAAACGGCAAAGGGAUGGUAUCCGCAAUAUACAAAAUACUACUAGAAAAUCCCACAAACCCCCUAGACGUAAUCAAAAAACAAUGGGAAGACGACAUAGGCUAUGAGAUUAACCCCAGUCAGUGGACCAGAAUUUGGUCUAAACCUUUCUUUAAAUCCAUAUCAACGAAAAGGAAAGAACUCACUCUGAAACUCACAGGUGGUACCUAACACUGAGGAAAUUAGCACUAAUACACCCAGGAACCUCAUCAAAAUGCUGGAGAGAGUGCACCUCCACAGGCACAUACCUCCACAUGUGGUGGGAAUGCCCCCAAAUCCAACUAUUCUGGACAACAGCCAUAUGAGUAAUAUGCAAAAUAACUAAGCAAGUAUUAGAAAUCACCCCAGAACUGGCCCUACUAAACAUCUUCCAAGACAGUAAUUCCCACUCACAUCACAAAGAACUCAUCACCCACCUACUCUCAGCAGCCAGAAACAUCAUAACCAGACACUGGAGGAACCUGUCAGGAGUAAGCAUGGACCAAUGGUACCAAAUAAUAUGGGAAACAGCCUUACGAGAAAAAUUAACCAAUCAACUCAAACUGACCCGGGGACAAAUAAAAGAAGACGCCUCACCCCGGUGUGGCUCCCUUUUAUCACAUAUACAGCCCAACAAGACAAUGACAAGAAUCCACCAAUAGCAUAUGAAUCAAUAUGGCUAACCUGAUCCAAAAACACCCAGCCACCCCACUCACACAUGGAAACAACGACCACCACAGCCAACCACAAACAACCACACCCUAGGCCAACCCCAACCUCUCACCACCAAAGGAACACAAGUGAAUAGUAAAGAGGACCAGCACAAGCGACGCUGACACAAAACCCCACAUACAUUAAGUAAAAUAGAAGCAUCACCACCUGACCCCACCCCACUUACCGUUCUACCCACCUCUUUCCCCCUUUUCUUCCUAAUGUAACACUAAUGUCUCAACAAAUGAAACUGAUCUGUAGAAAAUGUAACUUGGAAAAAGAGAUAUUGGACAUACUUUUGUAAACCAAUAAAUCUUUAAUAAAAAAAUACAUUUUUUUAAAAAAUGGUGAAAUCGACAGCAUGCAUAUUUCAAGACCCUAAUAAGCUCUGCAAAUUUUUUUUCCAGUUGAUGGCAGAAAUGUACAUAUUGGCUUUGAAUAAUAAAAAAUAAUAAGCGUAAGAUUAUUACUAUUAAUAUCCCUCUGGGUGGCAUAUAGAAUAUAGUGGUACUUCGGUUUACAAACGUAAUCCGUUCUGGAAGUCUGUUCUUAAACCAAAGCCGUUCUUAAAGUGAGGCGCGCUUUACCUAAUGAGGCCUCCCGCUGCUGGUGCCCUUCUACCAUUCGGCUUCUGUUCGUAGACCGAGAUAAAGUUUGCUAACCGGAACACUACUUCCGAUUUUGCAGAAUUUGUAUACCGAAUAGUUCGUAAACAGAGCUGUUCUUAAACCGAGGUACCACUGUAUAUAAAAACAUCAUAAAACAUUGAACAAGUAGAAAAACAGAGUAUCUUAUACCAGCUUGCACUCUGCUAGAGAGCAAGCCAAACUAUACAUGAUAAAGACUCCGUACUAUCUGAGAAUAUCGGGGCUGGGAUAGCCUAGGAGCAGGAGCUAACCUCAGAAAGAGUCCCAACUUUGCCCUGCCAGGUUUUCCCUGUCUUGUGUGAGGGGAGCCUGAGGAAAUCGUCCUCCUUCUGUGAGGCUCCCUCCCCCAGCACUGCAGAAUGGCACACCACCUCCCUAGGAGUGAGCAGCUCCUGCAAAUCCCAACAUUUUCCUCUGAGACUCUUUCCAAGCUUUACUCACCACUCCUGCUGGUCUCAACCGGGAACCGGGUGAGAGUGGAGGAGAAAUGCAAGAUCCUCUUCCACACACUCAAGAUGCCUCAAACUCGGAGGGGAGGUUGUUCAGUUGCGGCUAUUAAUGCAAGUCUGAAUAUGGGACAAACCACAAGUAACUAUGAAUUAAGUGGGGCUUUCUUUAUUUACUUCUAACCACCCUUGGAUUGGAGGAGGGUGAGUUCCUGGUGCCAGUCAGGAACAGAUUGCUAGGAGAUUCAUAAUUUCACUCUCCUUUAUUGGAAUGCUUAAUACUGCAAGAAGUCUCAGAAGCUGCUGUUUUCCCAAGUUUGCUGUUGCAUCUUGUCCUGUAUCCACCUUCUUGCUAAGCACUCCACUUCCAGAAUCCAUACAAUUUCAAGCUGGUGUAUGGAGGUCUUCCCUUUUUUUCUGCCUCUGUUCAGCAUGUUGGCUUUACCAUUUACGUUAGCAGCAGGGGUAGAUCUGUGGUUGAAUCCCACUGUCCUUGCCUUCACAUUGGGGACCUGUGUAUGCUGGAGGUUCUGGGAUGCACUGGCAUUCUGCUUGGGAUUAGAUCCUCAGGUGGUUGGUUAUGCUGGACAGAAGCCCAUAGUAGAUUAAAGCCUGGGCAGGGGUCAAAUGGGAAUAAAUUUCCCCUCCUUGAAAUAAAAAUACUUCUUGAAUUUCUUGAAUGUUUCAGAAUAAGGAGAAUAUCAAACCUGGAUAACCUUGUAAGCCUUGAUGUCUUGGACCUUCAUGGAAAUCAGGUAUAAUGUGAUAAAUGCUUUUUCAGUUUGUACCAUGGGGUACCUGUUGCUGUCUUUUUAGGUGUAGUGCUGCUUUGCAUCUCCCCUUUGUUUUCAUGAGACUUGCUAAAUUGAAGGAACUUAACUUUGCAUAGUUUUUCAGAAUCUUACAUUGAGUUAAUUAUGCCAUCAGCCUGUGGAGUCUAGUGUAUCAUUCAUUUCGUUAGGGCUGUCAGAUGACUAGAUAACCAUCUGCUCCUUCACUAUAUUGAAGAGUUAAAGUGUUUGGGGGCUUUUUAUUUCGAAAAAGACAUCCAGUGGGUUGGGGGAGCACACCUAAUGUUUACAAAAUCAGAUGCCAUCUUAUUAGGACGUCCAUCCGACCUUGUAGAAUCUGGGCCUUUAGUGUGGUGGGACAUUCUCCCCGAAGUAUCCUUCCAUUACUCUUCAGGUGCCAUCUCUCUUUUCUGUGCCUAUCAAAGACCCUCCCUUUUCAACAAGCCUUGUAAGGGGAAAAUCUAUCUAAUCUGCGACUGUAUUGGAUUUGAAACUGUUCUGACAUAUAAAAUUGGUUUGACAUAGGGAAUUUUUGUAAUUACCUUUAUUGAUAUUUUCACUAUGGAAUCACUUCAAGUUAUUUUUUGAGAAACGAUUAUUUAGUGGAAUCAAAUAAAUGAAAUAACUGAUCUCUCCUGUAGGUGACAUAUUAAUAAUGUUAUCAUGUUGAUUCAUUAUAUUUGUACAGUUCUGUGCUUUUUAGCCAAGAUUGUUGUGAUCCACUAAAUGAAUCAGUUAAAUCAGUCAUUUUGGUUAUUUGGUCUACAGACAUUGAACAUCAAACAUAUGUUAUCAAGACAACCACAGAAGAGAGAAAAUGCAUAUAUGUGCACACAAAUUGUGCCUUUUAAAAUAAUAAAAUGUGUGAACAGUCAGAAAUAGUUUAAAAUACAUAAAAUUUUGAUUGACCACUUUUUCCAUUUAGUAACUAACCUGGUUUUGAUGGCUAUGGUGAGGAACAUGGCUAUAUUUUCUGUGACCUUAUGAUUAGAGUCUGCCAUUAAAAUUGCAACAGAACCCACCUGACUACCAAAAAGUGUUAGUCAGUUCAUGUACAGGGCUGGCAUCAAGGAUCAGCAGAGUUGAGCACCUGCUAAGGGCCCAUAGGAGGCUGAUGGAGAAGAGUUCCCUCCUGGACCUGUUGCAACAAGCAGGCUCACUUGCUGAGGGACAGGGUGAAGGCGAAGCAUGGAAGGUGUCUUGCUCAAGAGCCCUCCCCAGGAAGUAUUGGGAGCAGCAGUGAACCCUGGGCCUGGCAGAAAUGGCAGCCCACCAAAACAUGCAAAACUGCCCAUCAAUUUAUUCAAAACAAUAGGGAACGAUUAGAUUUCUCUUGUGUCAUCAUACAACAAGGCCAGCCAAAGAAAUUGAUUUCUAGUAGGAUCAGGGUAGAGAGAAGAAGAUCCCUCUUCACACAAUACAUAAUUAAUUUAUGGAAUUUGCUGUCUUAAACUGUAUUGAUGGUCACUGGCUUAGAUAGCUUCAAAACGGAUUAACAUUCAUGGUGCUUUUUACUAAAAGGAAUUCAUGUGUACAGAGGGGAGUAUCCUGAGUAUUAGUUGUUGGGGAAGGAUGAGUGAGAAGGAUAAGCUGAGAAAAUCAUGCUUAAUCUUGUGUGUGCUCAAACCGUACUGUAAUAUUUGAGCUCUGUUUCAUCUAAUGCUUUGUUUCUACUUUAGUUAACAUAAUUUUAUAAAACCAUAUAUGUGUGUGUGUCUGUGUGUGUAGAUCUAUAGAUAGUUUGUGUGUGUUUUAAAAAGGAAAGAAGGAAAGCUGUGAUAGGAAGGAAUUCCAUUAACACUGACAGAAGAAGUUCAUAAAUAACAUCUCUAUGAAUUCUUCAUGAAUCCCAGAUUUCUGCUGUUCUGAUAAAUGCUUCUGCUCUUUUGAAAGGAGGCACUGCAGGGACUCCUAGCAAGAGUUCCAGUCUUCAUUCUUAGCCACUUGUUCCUGUUCUCCAUUUCUGUGUGAUGUCAGCUGUACUGCUUGCUAACCCUAUUAUUUCAGUUAUUUGCUUCUUAAGUAGUUGGUGCUCUACAAUUAACUUAUCCUUUGCAUGGUUGCUUGGAAGUAAGUCCUACAGUGCUUAGUGGAGCUUACUCCCAUGUAAGUGUGCAUAGGGGUGUGAACAUAAACAUUUCACUUUUUUACCUCCGUAAGAUCCGGAGGCACAGUUCAGGCUUAGAAGAGAAGCUGCUUGUUUAAUGGUGUCAUUCUUAGAGGGGGGAAAGAAGAGUUGGGAUCAACUGAUACAAUCCUCAUUCUUCCUCAUCUUCUCUUUUACAGAUUGCUAUCAUAGAAAAUCUCCACCAUUUAAGUGACCUCAGAGUGCUGAAUCUUGCCCGGAAUUGCUUAACAUACAUUGAAAACCUGAACGGACUAGAUUCACUGACGGAACUUAAUCUUAGAUAUAAUCAGAUCAGAAUUGUGGUAAGUGAACUGAAUCCAUUUGCUCUAGAAAAAAAUGCUAUAAUUUGAAUGAACUAUAUUGCUUUUGGAAUUUUAAAACAAAUUUGAUUAAAAAAAAAUCAGUUUGUUUUGGUGGAUUUUUUUUGGGGUAUCAAUGUAUAUUGUCAUGUAUAGUCUUCAGUUGAAGAGAGAGCCUUUGAAUACAUAUUUUGCAGGAGAUCUAUAAAGUGAUAUACCUAAGGGAUGUUUGAAUUGCUGCAAGCCUUGGAAUCUUAAGGUCAUGGAAAGUCAGGGCAGACAGAAGGUGUCUGACGGCCAUUGUCUGAGCUGUAUUGUUCUUGAGUAAGAAGAGGGAAAGCUGAAGGUUCUAGGCAAGGAAGAGAAGCAGAGGUUAGAUAUCCAUACACCAAGGAAAGGAAGAGGUUUUGGGAAAGGAGGAUUGCAGAAGAGCAUGGCUCAGAGAAAAGGGGUGGUGGUCUGAGUUGGACAGCAGGGAAAGGCGAGAGAGAGAGACCCCCCCAAUAGUUAAAAAAUUGUUUAAUUAGCCAAAGACCUGGGAGAAGGGGAGUGUUUUCGCCUGGCGCCUAAAGAUAUGUAGCAAAGGCUCCAGGCAAGCCUCCCUGGGGAGAGCAUUCCACAAGUGGGGAGCCACCACAGAAAAGGCCUGUUCUUGUGUUGCCACCCUCUGUACCUCUCACGGAGGAGGCCCAUGAAGAAGGGUCUCAGAUGAUGAUUGCAGGGUCUGGAUUGGUUCAUAUGGAGAGAUGUGGUCCAUGAAGUCCAUUAGAGUAGAAAAUCAGCACAUCAGAGAGGGACAAAAUUGUCCAGGCCAUUCAUUGUUGUGAUAGUUUUCUCCUUGCUGGCAGUGUUUGUUUUUCCUCUACACUACAGUGUUCUAAGCUGGUCCUGAGGAUCUUAUAACAUUAAGAAUUUGGUAUUAGAGUUUGCCCGUUUUCUUCUUCCCCUCUUUGACCCUUUUCCCUUUAAUAUCACAGCUUUUUAGAUUAUAAGCCUGAGGGCAAGAACUUUUUUUAUUUGUAAGACACUCUGGGAGUUUAUCCAGCUAGAGAGUUGGGGGUAUAAAUAGAUUGAAAUUGCUGCAUUGUCUGUUAGAAUCUACCUUUUGCUACAUUAGCCAUCUAGACUGUGCACGCAGGACAAUUGUUUAAGAAGCAACUAAUCCUUGUUAUCUUGAGCAUAGACCUUGUGGUGGUGAGAAUGAAACAUCUGCAUGACAAAAUGAGUCUUGCUUUUCACAUUGUGUAGGGAAGGGGUUUUUGUGUCUUCCAGAAAAUCAGCAAUCUUGCCUAUCAUGAUGUGGGUGAGAAACACCAUGGACUGGUCCAUAUCAUGACCCACAUAUUUGUCCCGCUCCUGAAAGCCAAGGAGACCCCUUGGUUAUUGUUUUUGUAUGUUACUAUGUUAUACAUUUUUGUGUUUUUAUAUUGUAAACUGCCCUGUGAUCCUUGGAUGAAGGGUGGUAUAGAAAUUUAAUAAAUCAUCGUUAUCAUUAUCAACAUUAUCUUGGUGUAUUUGUAUCCACUCAUUGCAAGUUGGAGAGUUGCCUCACCCACUGAACUAAUCAGUUUGGUGGUGGCAAUGGCAAAAAUUAACGUCUCUGACUCAUGGAAGAAUUGGAUGGAUUGUUAAAGUGAUAUUGUUGUUGUUGUUGUUGUUGUUAAUAGUAAUAAUAAUACAGUGGUACCUUGGGUUAAGUACUUAAUUCAUUCUGGAGGUCUGUUCUUAACCUGAAACUGUUCUUGACCUGAAGCACCACUUUAGCUAAUGGGGCCUCCUGCUGCCGUUGCGCCGCUGGAGCACGAUUUCUGUUCUCAUCCUGAAGCAAAGUUCUUAACCCGAGGUAAUAUUUCCGGGUUAGCAGAGUCUGUAACCUGAAGCGUAUGUAACCUGAAGUGUAUGUAACCCGAGGUACCACUGUAAUAAUAAUAAUAUAUACCUUCCCUGUGUUCCCACAAAGGCUGUGCAUUACAAACUGAUAACCAUUUUGUGAGAUCUGGAGUGCAUUUCUGUGUUGUCUGUGGUGGGACUCCAACUCGUUAAGCUACUUGAGGAAGCAGGGAAAUGUCUGCAGAGCACAUUUCAGUAUUGCUUGCUGCUGGUUGGACAGCUGCAUGCAUGAGUUAGCACUUUGAUGCUUUAGACAACAGCAUGACUACAAAAUUGGAUUUUAUUUUGCUUGCCGUUUCAUAGCGGUCUGCUUUCCCCUGCAGCUGAAACCCUGAGUCAGCACCUCAGUUCCUUUUUUGAGAAGCCUGCUCAAAAAGAGGCCAGCAUCUACUGCCGCUGCGUCUCCCCUCUCUUUUGCUCAACACUUUCUGUUGCAAGCAGUCCAGCUUAUUUUCCAAGAGGAUCUAUGCACCACAGAGGGAUGGAGCCGCGUGUUCGACAUCAGUUGGCACUGCAGCAAGGUUACAGUAAAUUGCAGUAGGCAUGUUUCAUCCUCCAGAGAAGCAAGAGCGUUUAGAGCAUGCUGUCCUUCAGCUGCUGAAUUUGGUGUUUUCUCUCUCUCUCUCUCGUUCUAGAAAGAUGUGGAUACUUUGCCCUGCCUCCAACGUCUCUUCCUCAGCUUUAACAAUAUAUCUCGGUAAGCAGAAACUGCUGGUGGGCGGGGAGAGAAUCUGUUUGCUCUCUCAGUGCCUCACUUAUUACCACUAUCCAUUUAAAAUUAAAUAUUUGCCAGUGGUUACUUUUGUCUGACUGCUAGACAAAUGAUACAGUAUAUGGAGAAAGAGAACAACUAUGAACCCAAAAUUUAGCAAAACAUUUAAUCUUUUUUUCUAAGUGCACAGAGAAGAAAUGUUUCUCUUCUGUUUUAAAAUAUGUCAUUACCAUACUUAAGUAGAAAGCCCAGAGUCAAAGUUAAUCUGAAUUAGUUUGUGAAUCACUAUUAUUCUCAUUAUUUUAAAAAUGCCCUAACUGGGUUUAGAUUAUACAGCCUGUUAUAUUUGCUCCAGAGUGUCAUGUAAACUGAUGUCUCUUUAAUUGAAGUUACAGGCUUCCAUUUGUGCAGGUCAUUGAGCAUCCUUUUUUUAGUUACUAAGAUGCAGCUUGUUCCUUUCUAUGCUAUGCUUCAACCUAGUUAUGAAAUCAAGAGUAAAACACCUUUUUUUAAAAUAAGAGCUGCAUUUUCUGAAUCUUAUUCUCCCCACCCCCUCCUUUAUUCUGUUUUUAUAUAAUUUUGGCUGCAGCAUUUAAUUAAGCCUGUUUUCAAAAUUAGCGAAUGUAUUCUUUCCUGGAUGCACUUCCCCCUUGAUCACAAUUUAGUAUGUCUAACAUCCUUUCUCAGAGGCAAUUACGCGUUGCAGUGAUUCCUCACUGCAGGAUAUUCAGCCUGGGAUUGCAGCAAUUACUCACACAUUGGGAGGUUGGGGGAGGCAGGCAAGGGGUUUUAAUUGCUCUCAGUGGAAUUUAACCACGUGGAACUACUGCUGUUUGUUUUAUUGUGCUUAUGUUCUGGAGAAGUGGAAUGGGGAAGUGAACUAAUUGAAAUAAGUGAAAAUGGUAACUCUUUUGUUGUGAAAGUGUUGCUUGUUGGCUGCAGUUUAAACUGUGGAAGGAUAUGUGCCACUUGCUGGGUAGAGUUUUCAGUACUUAAGAGCUUAUGUAUUGCAACAGUGCUGAGAACCUGAACUUCACAUUCAGUGUAUAUCCUUCCAUAGAUUGGAUUUGGCAGCAUUAUUUAGACAUGAACACAGCCAUCUACCAACCCUCCAGCUUAAUCUGCCCCGCCCUCCUUUAUGGUUUGGAUUGUUUCGCUUUGAAUGACACAUAAAUCCUACCCUGAUUUAACUUUUUUGGAGGGGGGUGGAGUGUUUGGCUGGGCUCAGCAGUUGAAAGACUGCAGAGGUAUAUUGCUCUGCCUUUAGGAUGUAAACCCUGCAGUCAGUGAGAAUUACUUUCUGCUCAGUGUAACUGAACAUCCUUUUUCCAGUGUCCCAGUUUCUCUCAAGCAAAGUUCCGCUGUGGUGGUGGUAGUUCUGUACUUGGGGAAGGGAGACUGUGAAUUAGAAAAAAGAAAACUGCAAUGUCUAGACUGGGGCUGAACUUAAAUGGCCCUUUCCUGAGUUUGCUAACUGUUUCUUGUGCUGUGAAGUUGGAGGGGUCAUUCUCCUGUGAUGUCACGCUGGACUCAGGAGGGUUUAGCUCUUCCAAAUGCUCUAAGGCAGGGAUGCAGUCACCUCACAGGAAACUGUUUCAUCAGCUCUGUUCACGGAAGUAACCCAAGUUAUGUUCUUGCUGUUUGCUUGCCAUUCUGUUGUCACAUGCAAAACUUAACGUAUUUUUCGCUCUAUAGGACGCACCCGACCAUAGGACGCACCUUGUUUUAGAGGGGGAGAACAAGAAAAAAAAAUUCUCCCCCUCUCUGCUCAGUGCCCCUUCAGCGAAGCAACAGGAGAAACGGAACCCCUUCCAUUUCUCCUCCCACGUCGCUGAAGGGGUGCUGUGCAGCUCUCCCUCUCUGCUGAAGCCAGGAGAGCAAGACUCUCCCGGCUUCAGCGAAAGGAACCCGAAGCCUCCAGAACGCAGCGGGAACUCGCGCUGCACUCCAAAGGCUUCAGGCGGCUAUCCCUGCAGCCUGGAGAGCGAGAGGGGUCGGUGCCCACCGACCCCUCUCGCUCUCCAGGCUUCAGCGAAAGCAACGCAAAGUCUCCGGAGCGCAGAGGGAGCACUCCCUCUGUGCUUCGGAGGCUUCGCGUUGCUAUUGCUGAAGCCAAGGAGCCUGCAUUCGCUCCAUAGGACGCACACACAUUUCCCCUUAAUUUUUGGAGGGGAAAAAGUGCGUCCUAUAGAGCGAAAAAUAUGGUACUUUCUAGGUGAAUCAUUUUUGAGAUAGCCAUGAUGUUUAUCACUCUUAGUGCUUAAAUAAAAAGUGAUGGUUCAUUAAUAUUAUGUUUUUCUUUAAAGUAGAAGCUUAAGUUCUUGACACUUCAAAUAGAGAUGUAAUAAUUGAGGGUGUGUGUAUGAGGGAAGAGGAGUUGUACCUCUGGCCAUGCUCCUUUUGGGUUAGUUUGUCCAGGUAAAUGUGUACAUCAGAGAGAGGGAAUCUUCUUUCCAACAGAGGUCGUCCCCCCAUCUUUCCUUCUCUGUGACUAGCCCUCUCUUGUAUUCCUUCAGUAUUCCCCGUUGGUAUUUCCCCCAUUUAUCUUUGUUUCUAUCUCUCUGUAUCUCUAGGCUUUCAUGAGUUAUUUCUCCUCCUACUUGUGAGCCUAUGUACCGCAGGAGAGCACCUGAAGUAGUGAAGGUUCCACCUCAGGCUGCACAAUUGCUGUCACUUAUGCCAUUGUUUUUGUGUAUAAAGCAGUAUUUUUAAAGCAGGGAUUAUGCACUAAGAAUGGCAGCAUUUUUAAAGAUAUGUUGCAGACCUGCUUAAGUUGAAACCCCAGGGCAGGCACAACCAGGGGUGACUGCCCUCUGCCCCAGCCUUGGGUACCUUGCGAGGGCAGCCCUGCCUCUUCCUGCUCACCUGGUGAAGCCAGGGGAGGCCAGCCAGGCUGCUGCUAGAACAGUGUCAGAAGGGGAAAGGAAGGUGCAGGUGAAAGAGGUAAUCCCUACUGAGGCAGUAGAAAAAGAACAGAAAGUGAGCUGGGGGGCUCCUCCCCCAUCAGCAUGAAGAGGAAGGGGGGCAGAGGCAAGAGUGGGGUCACAGCCCUCUCUCCACUUAUGGGGGGAAAUCACAGGAAGGUCUAGGAUCCCUCAGGGAAGAUGUAGCAGGUGUUUAAUACACUCAACCCUAGCUUUUAAGGUCAAGUGUAUUCAUUUAUAUUAGAUUAAUAUUUUAUUUCUCUGCAAAAGUUAAUCUAGCACAACAGAGGAGAAAAAAGCAUUUAUAUUUUGUGUAGCUGAGAGAGAUCCAGAAAAGUUGCUUCUUCUAAAGAGCUAUUGUAUUUUUAUGUUGUGAACCGCCCUGAGAUCGGUAGAUGAAGGGCAGCAUACAAAUUUCAGCAACAACAACAAUUAAUAUAAAUUAUUGAUAAAAGUAACUGAAGGUCAUUUCUACUGUUACUUCUAUAUAUUUCAUAAAUUUUAUACACUGAUUGUAAAAACAACAACCCUCAAAGCGGUUUUCAAAAAAAUAAUAAAAUCAUCAGUAAAAAGAACUGACAAUAAUUUUAAAAGUUCAAGAAAAUUAAAAUCAACAAUAAACUAAAAACAGAUAGAAACCUAUAACUAAAAACUGAUGUGUGUUUUAAAUACCUUAUUUUUGUCUCUGCCAGCUGGCCAUCUGUUUGGGGAAAUUAGAUAGAGGAUUUGCACUGGAAUUUGAUGCCCGGGAGCAGUAAAUAAUGGACUUCAUCCCCAAUUUACCAUUUGGCAUUGGGCCUCAUCCCCUGAGCCACUGCACCUGGAGGACCUCUGGGUUCCCGCUUAAAUCAUCAACAACAGCCGCCAUUCCUGCAUGCCUGAGGGUGUGUCCCCCUCCCUUGCCACAGUGGGACCAGCAAACAGGCCAGAAGGUUUGCAGUUAAAUCCCCUCUGAAUCAGUGGUCUCACAUACGUAUCUCUUUGGCCAUUGCACCCUCCUGCCAUUAUCUGAGCCCCCGCCUUUACUUGCGCUCGUUCACUGUUGAGACUUUGUAUUUUGUUCAGUUCAGGAUCCUAUUGCAUGGGAGAGCCCUGUGCUACCCCCUGCCCCCCCCCCCCCGCUGCAUUGGUGUUGUUGGGCAAAUUUGACAUUGGGAGAAUGGGAAAGACAAGCUUGCGGGUCCAGGAGAAAGAAGCAGAGGUGCAGAGGAAACAUGUAAACUUUUUGAUAUAUUUCCUUUUUUAAAAAAAGGGCAACUGAAACAGCCAGCCCUCUCCUGAGCAUAUUUCAUUCCCAACUGCAUUGGUGCUUUGUUUAUUGGUCACUCAGCCAUGAUAAACAUUUGAGUGAUUGAAACCAUGACAGUGAUAGAUGUAACUGAUAUGACAUCCCUCAGGAGCAGAUCUGGAUAUAACCCAAUUCACACAUUUCAAACCUUUACAACAGAAAACCAGUGGAUAUUGUGAAAGUUAACUGAAACAUCCCAUUAAGUUUGAAAGUCACAUAAAACCAAAUAUGUCAAAAAACCUUGACCAGUUAUUGCAAAAAUUCACCUUUCUCUAUUUGAUGGGGGGAAUAGUAUUGUUACUGCUUACUUUUAAUUAGUGGAAUGAUAUCAAUAAUGGUUAUUUUAAGGUUAAUAGUCAUAGAAAUUGAUGAUUGUAUGUUUGAGAUCCGUGACUUGUGUUCCAUUCCUUUUUCUUUUCACCUAGUUUUGAUGACAUCUUGUGCCUUGCCGAUUCUGCAUCCCUUUCAGACAUCACCCUAGAUGGCAACCCGAUAGCGCAAGAGGCGUUUUACAAGCAUACUGUUCUCCACCAUAUGAUGCAGCUCCGACAGCUGGAUAUGAAGAAGAUCACAGUAAGAGAAACUCUGUGGAGAAAACUCUGUGAUGGGUUAAACCUUGAAAUAAGGAAGGAGUUUUAUUUAACCAGACUAUUCACAGUGCCAGCAGGUUUUGUGUUUUUUAUUAUUUUUAAAAAACUUACUACAGUUACUAAGAAUAUUUUUACUAUUUUCUAUAUACAAAAUGCUUAGCAAUCUCCUCUGGUUUGUCUUAUUGACAACCCCAUAAGGAGUGAGGUCUACACUCAUUGAAUUUAUGUUUGGGAUAAGACAGCAGAAGGACUGUCUGUGUCAGUAUGAGUUUCCCAUUCCAUAAGAUCAUUCUCUGAGGCUCUUCUCUGGGUAUUGGCUCAUUCAGAAUUUAGGCAGGUAGAGCUGGAGAGAGCGGUCUCCCCCUCCCAAAUUAUGGAAUCCCCUUCCCAUAAAUAAGCACUGGGAACUUUAGUUAAGAUGCAUCUGCUCUUCACUGUUGUUAAGUUUGCAUUUUAUAUUCAGCAUUUUAAUUUUACUGGUAUUUUUGUUGAAAGCCACUCUGAAGUAGAAAGCCAACAUAUAACAUACAGAUAUUAUAAAUGAGCACAAGCAGCAGUCCCAAUUGCAUGGUAAGCUGUUUUUGAAACCAGCCUUUGUGUACAGUAAACCCACAACUUACACACAUUUAACUUGUGCUCAUUCAGCUUAACACAUAUGGCAAAAAAUAUAAAUAUAUAAAUAUAAAAAAAUAGAAAGGGGCUGAGUUCUGGGGGAAAUGGUGUUGGCAAUCCCACCCGCCAUUGAACCCAAUCCCUGUUUAAAUUGUGAGCUUAUUGUACUGCAUAAAGACACAAGAAUACAAAUAGCCCCCACAGAAAGAGACAAACAAAUGAAAGAAAAACACUCUCCCAUGUCAAGAAUAUAAACGCCUCACCAUUAAGGCAUUAAGAGAGAGAGACAGCCUGUUCUCCUGGACUGGAAUUAAUAUAAGAGGAAGGAACUAGUCUUCCUAGAACCCAUCACUUCUUAUUUCACUUUGGGUUAGGCUACAUCAUUGGGUAAGUUUACAGAGAAAGCUUCCUGUCAUACCACCUUUGGAGGGGCAGAUUGUUGAUCACUUUUCCAGAGGAAGGUUAUCUCCAUUCGCUCAGCUGUGAGAAGAUGGAUCAUUAACCAUUUGGAGAGGAUGGCUUUAUUUGCUCCCCAGAAGAGAAAUAAUAGGUCCAGUUCAACUUUACAGUGAAAGAAAUGACUCUGAAACUUAGUAGCUGUCUUACAUUCCCUCCAAAGAUGUUUGUAUGAACCUUGCACCAAACAAUUCCUCCAUCCCAAAGGUAUGAUGCAGCUAAACAGGCUUUACUUUGAAACAAUGGCUCUUUUAGCAGCCUAUUUAACAGCUUAGUUAAAAAUGUUGGACAUGCCAACAUUACUAUAAUUACCAUCUCUCAACAGGCAUCCUUACAACUGUUGCAAAUAAAUAAAUAGAAUGAAAAUGUCAGAAUAGGUAUGUCCUGAAUAAAUUUGACAGCAAGGAUUUUCUUUUUUAAACAAACCACCUGCUGAAUACUCUCAUUGCAUUUAAUAUGCAGGGUCUAUCCGGCCUGUCAGGGAACUGCCAUCAGUGCCGGAGGGAGAGAGAGAGCUCCAGAGGGAUCCCAGAGAGCGUCACGGGAUUGGGAGAGGCAGCCCAUCUUCUGGGGAAGGGAAUCAGCUCAGCUCCAGUGGAGAAGGGGGGCAGAUGGGGGAAUCUGAGAGGGAGUCACAUGACUCCUUGCCUGGGACCAGCGGGGGAGGAAGGGUCCUCCGCUGCCUACGCCUUCCUUGCGCAGAAGGCUUCCGCGCAGGGAAAGUAGGAGGCGGCUGGGUGUGAAAGAACUUCUAUGCUGGAAGAAGUUAAGAAACGCCCACUGACAGAUUCUGCCAGCGAUUGAGACAGCCACGGGGGAGUGGCUGUCCGGACAGAAAAGGUUCACUUAGGCAACCCAGCCAGGUGUGGGCACCGGCUUACGCACGAGCAACCCCUUGAACCACUACAGCAAUCCGUCAGUCCUUGACGUUGCUUGUGCGCAGUACCGGAGAGGCAGCACGCUGAGCCAAACAGAGCCGGCCGGAGGAACAGAGCAAGAAGCCUUGAUGCGAGGUCUAGUAGAGAGGAACCGAGAAUUGGAGGCGCAUGUUGCUACCCUGACGGCGCGGCUGGAGGAGAGACGGGCUCAGGAUGCACAGGUCAGAGCCACCCCGAUAGGGAGGAAGGUUCAGGGGCUGGUACACAAAUUUGGUGGAAAGCCCCAGGACUACAAUGCAUUCCGAACGGAAAUCCAGUACGCUUUGGAACUGUAGAAGGAUGACUUUGCCAUUGACGGGGAGAGGGUGGCUUACAUUGUGGGACAUCUGCAGGAUGGGGCGCGUGAAUGGAUCAGGCCCCUAAUGGCAACGCAGAAUGAUGCAUUGAAAGAUCUCAAGAAAUUCUAUCAGGCGAUGGACGUGAUGUACUCCAGCGAGGUUGAGCAAAGCGUGACGCGCCGGGAGCUGAUGGGGUGCAAGCAGGGGAGCCUGUCCGUCAGAAACUACUGGUCGCGGUUCGCGAUGUUAGUCCACAAACUUGGGUGGGAUCUCAGCUCUGAACCUAUGCAAAUGUUGUUCGAGGGGGGUUUAUCCCCUGAAGUGAAGGAUGAAUUGUCCUGAGCGCCCCGCCCGCGGUCGAUGGAUGAACUCACAAGGACUGUGCUUGCGAUCGGGGUACGCCAGGAAGCGCGGGCUCAGGAGAAGCGGGAGAUAAGGGUGGAACGUUUUCAUGACAACCGCAUUCCUGAAAUGCCGAGGGAGCCUUCCCAGGUGGCAGAGCAGAUGGAAAUUGAUGCAGCGCCCGCACGCGAAGUUUCAAACGCCGGUGAAAGGAGGAAAAGGGCGGGAAAGAAGUAUUUCCUCUGUCAGCGACCGGGACAUUUUGCAAAGGUCUGCCCUCAACGAAAGGCCUGGCAAGGCAUGAUGGGGGCUGCAGGCCACGACGAGAAGGGGGAGGAGGGGCAGGCGCAGGGAAACGCCAACGCCUGGCUGCCAACCAGCAGGGCCAGCAGCCAGGUCAGCAACCAAUAGAAGUGCCCCAGCCUGACCCCCCCAAGGCAGCGGUAGCCAUAGAGGUGGUGCUGGAACUCCCAAAAGGGCACCCCGUCAAGGUGGAGGGAGAUGCAGGAGCUGCGGCAGUUUAUUGACAAGAACCUGAAGAGAGGUUUCAUAAGGGAAUCUAAGGCAGUGGGGGGCAGUCCAGUGUUCUUUGUGGACAAGAAAGAGACUAAUCAGCCUAGAUUAAUCGUGGAUUACCGGGCCCUAAACCUGGUGUCAGAACCCGUGACUUUCCCAAUGCCCAGGAUUGACGAUAUUUUGACACGGGUGAGGCAGGGAAAGAUUUUUACCAAGCUGGACCUCAGGGGAGCAUACAAUCUGAUCAGGAUAAGGGAGGGGGACGAAUGGAAAACGACCAUGUUCACCCCCCUGGGGGCUUUUGAGUACUUAGUGAUGCCAUUUGGAUUACAAUCGGGCUCAGCCUGCUUUCAAGCCUUCAUGCACCAUGUGUUGGGGCCCCUGCUGUACAAGAAUUGCGUAGCCUUUUUGGAUGACGUCUUAAUCUAUUUGGACGAUGAAAGGGAACACGUCAGAGACGUCAGGGCGGUGCUACAGAGAUUGAAGAAGCAUCAGUUGUGGGUCAAGCUGGAAAAAUGCCAAUUCCACGCCAGAGAGGUCGAGUUCCUGGGAUACAGGCUGUCAGACAAGGGACUAGCCAUGGAUCCGGGCAAAGGUAAAGGCAGUGCUGGAAUGGAAAGCCCCCCAAAACAGAAAGGAUGUGCAAAGGUUCCUAGGCUUCAGCAACUUCUAUAGGAAGUUCAUAAGGAACUUCGCUCACUUGACAGCGCCCAUAACGGAUUGUCUUAGUAGCAAAAAGAAGUUUGCGUGGACAGAGGGAGUGCAGCAAUCCUUUGAAAGACUGAAGAGGGCGUUUGCCUCGGAAGAACAGCUCCUGCACGUGGAUCCGGAUAAGCCCAUGAGGCUGGAGACUGACGCGUCCGACCGCGCCAUUGGAGCGGUCGUUUUGCAGCCCGGGGACAAGCAGAACUGGAUGCCGUGUGCCUUUUUCUCAAGGAAGCUGAGCAAGUCAGAACAAAACUACACCGUGUAUGACCGCGAGCUGCUUGCCAUCUAUGCGGCAUUUCGGCAAUGGAGACAUCUAUUGAUAGGGGCGCGGCACAAGAUCCAGGUCAGAACGGACCACAAGAACUUGGAAUACUGGCGGACCGCGCGAGUGCUCAACCAGAGACAGAUCAGAUGGUCCCAGGAGUUCGCCAAGUUUUUCUUUGAGAUCCAAUAUGUGCCGGGAGAGGAAAACGUAAGGGCAGAUGCUCUCUCCCGGAAACCGGAGUACAUGGAAGGAGAGGGGCCCCCAGAGACCAGGCACGUGUUCCCCGAGGAUAGGUGUGUGUGGGGGGGAGCGUUGGUUGGGAAACGGGAACUGGCAGGGCUCACCAGGCAUGAUGAGUUUGCUCAGGUGAAAAUCAGGGAACUCAGGGACGGAAGGGAAGUCAAUGGAGGGUUCGAGGAAAAGGAAGGUCUAUUGUACUAUAAGGGGGCGCUGUAUGUACCGGGGGAGACUUUGAGGGGGGAGGUACUUAAACAACUCCACGACAACCCAACAGCUGGGCACUUUGGACAGCACAAGACCAUGUUACUUGUCACCAGGCAGUUCUGGUGGCCAAAGGUGAGGGAAGACGUAAGAGAAUAUGUACGGGGGUGCGACCGAUGCCAGAGGGCAAAGGGGGAAAGGGCUGCCCCUGCGGGGUUACUGGAACCCUUACCCACACCGGAAAGGCCCUGGGAGGUGGUGUCCAUUGAUUUUAUGACAGAUCUGCCCAAGUCAAGGGGAAAGACAGCGGUCAUGGUAGUAGUCGAUCUACUGACAAAAAUGUGCCAUUUCGUAGCGUGCUCACAUGCAGCAACGGCAGAGGAGACAGCCAGACUGUUUGUGGAUCACAUUUUCAGACUGCAUGGGGCUCCAUUGAGGGUAAUCUCGGAUCGCGGGAAACAAUUUACUUCCCGGUUCCGGCGGAAACUCAUGAGCUCGCUACAGGUCGAGGUGAGCUUCUCGACGGCGAGGCACCCGGAAACCAACGGACAAGCCGAAAGAGCGAACGGCGUGCUCCAGCAAUACCUACUCUGCUAUGUCAGCGAGAGACAGAACGAUUGGGUAGAGAAAUUAGCUUUGGCUGAAUUUGCGUACAACAACACUGAACAUGUGUCCACGGGAAUGAGCCCUUUCAUGGCCAAUUACGGGUGUCACCCCAGGGCAUACCCGGGGCGUGGGGAGGAAGGAUGGAGCGUACCUGCGGUUGAGCAAUUUGUGGAGGAAAUGGAGGCCUUACACCAGCAACUCAGGCUGAACUUAGAGCGGGCCAAGGAAGUUUACAAGAGGCAGGCGGACAGGCACCGUCGGGAGGGGGAGGCUAUACAGGUGGGAGACAGGGUGUGGUUGUCAUCCCAAAGGUUGCCCCUAAAGGGAGGGUGCAAGAAGUUGCAGCCUAGGCGGCUGGGGCCUUUUGAGGUAACGCAGCAGGUGAACCCAGUGGCAUUUAAACUCAAGUUGCCUGACAGCAUGAAGAUACAUCCGGUGUUCCACAGGUUCCUACUUUCACCGUACAGGGAGGGGCGGGAAUUCCCGGGACGGGAGCAAGGGGUCACCGCCCACCCGCGGGUCGAAGAGAGGGAACCCUGUAACGAAGCCACGGAAAUACUUGAUUCAAGGUGGCGAGGUCGCCAGGUAGAGUACUUGGUAGCCUGGGAGGGGGAACCCCGGUCGGAAAACACGUGGGUCCCAGCUGAAUCAAUCACUGAUGAGUAUCUGGUGGAAGAAUUCCACAGUUUGUUCCCGGAUAAGCCCAAACCAUUAGCCAGAUUUUGGGAGGAAGAAUUUGGACCCACAGACGACGAAGGGGACUUUGUGGGUUUUCCUGCCUCAGAAGAGGAGGGAGAGGAGGUGUCUGAGGGAGAAGAAUCAGACGGGGAAGUUCAACCAGUGGGAAGAGAUCCCAGCGGAUGGGAGGCUGGUGUUGAAUCCUCAGAAGAGGAUGAUAGCUCUUUCAGGGGGUUCCCCGCAUCGUCGGCCGAGGAGAGAGAGGAGGUUGUGUCGGAAAAGGGGGCCGGGGGUGGGAGGGGUCCUGAGGAGGAGGUGGAUGUCAGGGAACUGCCAUCAGUGCCGGAGGGAGAGAGAGAGCUCCAGAGGGAUCCCAGAGAGCGUCACGGGAUUGGGAGAGGCAGCCCAUCUUCUGGGGAAGGGAAUCAGCUCAGCUCCAGUGGAGAAGGGGGGCAGAUGGGGGAAUCUGAGAGGGAGUCACAUGACUCCUUGCCUGGGACCAGCGGGGGGAGGAAGGGUCCUCCGCUGCCUACGCCUUCCUUGCGCAGAAGGCUUCCGCGCAGGGAAAGUAGGAGGCGACUGGGUGUGAAAGAACUUCUAUGCUGGAAGAAGUUUAAGAAACGCCCACUGACGGAUUCUGCCAGCGAUUGAGACAGCCACGGGGGAGUGGCUGUCCGGACAGAAAAGGUUCACUUAGGCAACCCAGCCAGGUGUGGGCACCGGCUUACGCAUGAGCAACCCCUUGAACCAUUACACGGCCAUACAGAUUUUCUUCUUUCUAGAACUUUCUCUUAAUAAAAAUAUAUUUUGCAGCUUUUUAUUAAACAUCCAAGAUGUAUAUAAAUGAAUAAAAUAAAUCUAAAAUUAAGAGUCACAAGAUACUUGCAUUGGAGAACCUUUUAAUAUAUUUUAUGGUAACAUAAUUUUUAUUCAUUCAUGGUUGCAUUGAGAUAUAUAUAUUUCUGAAUGUAUUAACAAAGUUGUGUCAAAGUGUAUAUACCAAAACUUACAAUUAUUACAGAUAUGAAAUUAUGUACAGUAUUGUCUAAUGCUUAGAUUGGUGACCGUAAGUAAAAGGUACUUUGUAUCAAUAACAAUUAGAAUUUAUAAAAAUUUAUAGGGAGGGGGAAGGUGGAAAAUUGAAAUAUGCCCUUCAUGCGUGCACAACUGUGCUGUAAACUAUUAGUACUGUUCUACCAUAACUGUCACACCAGACUGCAUUAAAAUUGUCAGGUUUCUUUUGGCCUCUUGCUACUUCCAAUUUUUGUGUCAGUUUUUCCAAUAAUGGAAGAUGGUCGAUGAUCUCGGUAGACGAGGAACAGAGGGAAAAGCUGUUUCCUAGUUCUGCUGGAUCUCUCAGUUCUUUUGAUACCGUGGCUUUUGAUACCAUUGACCAUGGUAUUCUUCUGGGGAAGCCAGCUGGGGGCAAUGUUAUGCCGUGGUUCCACUCCUUCCUCCUGGGCUGUGUCCAGAAAGUGGUGUUGCGGGAUGAGUCUUCAGACCCCUCGGCUCUUACAUGGGGUGCCUCAGAAUUCUGUCCUGCCGCCCCCUGCUUUUUAACAUCUAUAUGAAGCCUCUGAGAGAGAUCAUCAGGGCGUUUGGGCUGGGUGUUCAUCUGUAUACGGAUGAUACCCAGCUCUACCUUUCAUUUAAAUCGGAACCUGUUAAGGCAGUAAACAUCCUGUGUGAGCGUCUGGAGGCUGUUGGAAGUUGGGUUGCAGUCAGUGGAUUGAGGUUGCAUCCUGACAAGACAGAAGUACUGUUUCUGGGGGACACGGAGCAGGCAGGUGUGGGGGACUCUCUGGUCCUGAAUGGGGUAACUGUGCCACUGAAGGACCAGGUGCGCAGCCUGGGAGUCAUUUUGGACUCACAGCUGCCCAUGGAGGCACAGGUCAGUUCUAUAUCCAGGGCAGCUGUCUACCAGCUCCAUCUGGUACGCAGGCUAAGACCCUACCUGCCUGCGCACUGUCUUGCGAGAGUGGUGCAUGCUCUAGUUAUCUCUUGCUUGGACUACUGCAAUGCGCUCUGCGUGGGGCUACCUUUGAAGAUGACCUGGAAACUACAACUAAUCCAGAAUGCGGCAGCUAGUCUGGUGACUGGGAGUGGCUGCCUAGACCAUAUAACACUGGUCCUAAAGGAUCUUUGCUGGCUCCCAAUACAUUUCUUAGCACCAUUCAAAGCAUUGGUGCUGACAUUUAAAGCCCUAAACGGUCUUGGCCCAGUAUCCCUGAAGGAGCGUCUCCACCCCCAUCGCUCAGCCUGGACACGGAGGCCCAGCUCCAAGGGCCUUCUGGUGGUUCCCUCACUAUGUAGUGAGAUAGUGGCACCCUCCCAGUGGAAUGCCCCCCUAUCAGUUGUCAAGGAGAUAAGUAACUAUACAACCUUUAGAAGGCAUCUGAAGGCAGCCAUGUAUAGGGAAGUUUUUAAUGUUUAAUGUUUUAUUAUGUUUUUAUAUAUUCUGGAAUCUGCCCAGAGUGGCUGGGGCAAUCCUGUCAGAUGGGCAGGGUAUACAUAUUUUUAUUAUUGUUAUUAAGAACCUUUUAAUAUUUGAUUUCAUUGUGAGCAUUGCUUUGUUACUUGGAAAAUAUGGGAAUGCUUGGACUUCUUCUAAUUGAAUUACACAGUCUACCCAGUAGGGAUACUUUGGGUUUGUUUCUUUGUUUUUUGCUUAGCAGCUGGACACACUGUUCUGUGGAACUUGAAAGCUUGUUCAUGACUUCAGUGUUUUUACAAAAUCCAGUAUGACUUCCCUGUUACCUUUAGAUCCCCUACCCUGCUAUGGACUGACUCCUUGCAAAGUUUGACUAGUACCAUCGUGAGUCUCACCGCAAAGUGUUCUGUUUUAUUUUAACCCAGGAAGAAGAAAGGCGCAUGGCAUCUGUUGCCUUACGAAAAGAGGAAGAGAAGAGGCGUGAAAGCCACAAGCAGACCUUACUGAAGGUACCAAGCGGUGGCCUUCGUGUGAUGCAAAUGGAAGAGAACCGGGCCCUUCCCUCCCUUCACUUAUCCCACCCCCCUGGUAGCUGCGUCUCCUUGUUAUGGCUGCUCCUUCCCUGCUGGAAACAAACUACAUGGCAUCCUCCAUCGCAGGGGAAGAAUGAUCAGUGGUGAAGCACCUGCUCUUCUUGCAGAAGGUCCCAGGUUCAAUCCACUGCAUCUCUAGGUUGGGCUGGGAGAGAAUCCUGUCUGAAAUCCUGGAGAGGUACUUCCAGCACUGAGCUCGAUGGACCAGUGAUCUGACUCCAUAUAAGGCAGCUUCCUAUGUUCCUAAAAAGUGUUCCUAUGUUCCCUCUUGGAAGGCCGCAUAACCCACCCAGGCACAUACCUGUCAAAGGCAUGGGACAUCCUGUUUUUGGGUUCCAUGCUCUUGUGCAGGUCGUGUGACUCAUGUGAGAGCAUGGCCUGGAAGACGCGGCCUGGCUUUGCUCUGGGACAUGGUGGAGGGUAUGGCGGAACCAGUCACAUAACAGAAAUGACCACAGAGAUAUCAACAUUUGAAAAUGUAGGGGGUCCAUGGCUUGGCUUUUGAAAAACGGGUUCCACAGAACUUGGCCAACUGGGAACUCCUGCUAUAGAGUAUUUGAUCUAGUCUGCCCAUGCUUCCUACUGUCUUACCCAUAAGAACACAAGAGCCUCUCUGGAACAGGCCAUGGCAUCCUACUUCUCACAGGCCUAUUGGGAGCCCACAAACUACCCAGCAACUGUCAUUGAGGGUCUAGCAGCCUCUGAUUGUAGGGGGUCUAUCUUAGUUAAAAGCCACCAAUGGAAUAAUCGGUGUUGAGAGCAAACAGAUAGCCAACUGAAAUCAACAUAAUUUUCUGAUUGCUGUAAUUCCAUUUCUUUGAUCUUAGUUUCCAGAAUGCCGUUUUGUUUUACUUUAGCAAACUCUUUUCUCAAACUGUAUAUUUGUAUCUCAUUUCAGGAAAAGAAACGAUUAACCAUUAGCAAUAUUGCCCAUCAGUGGGAGAGCCAACAGAACCGCUCUGCCCACCUGCCUUCCAGCCAAGAAAACAACGAAGACAACGAAUCUUCUCAGAACAGCAGGAGUACUCCAUAUGUAUUUCCUGAGGAAACCAGGUAUGGAGGCCUUGUUUUCCUGGCCAACAAGGGCUACGCAGCCUCUUAGAGCCGCCCAGGCAGGAAGUUCCUCCCUCCUCCUCCUCUUCCUCUCUGUGUUUCCCUAAUUUCAUUUCCUGCCAUCCCAAACAGACAGCUUGCUAUUCAUUCUCUUUACGGUCUGAUUUUUCCCUUGUCUCACUCAUAGCUUCUGAAUCGCUCUCUUCCCUGCUAUUAUAUUCACCUUCUGAAAAGAAAAGAAAUCAACAAAUAAAAAUCCUUCACUUUAAUUCUCUUGCUUCCGCUGCCCCGCUACCUCCUCCCCUUUUUCAGCUCUAGCAGCCAAAAUCAAACAGUCAGCUGGACUUCAGUGUCUUCUUGGGGGAAGAAUCCAGAAAAUCCACAAUGAAGUGGGAAAGGCUACAGCCCAACAGCAGCCUCAGUCAUGAGGCAUGGGAUCUUGUACUGGGGAGAGGGGACAACAAACAAGCCAAAAUUGGAGGUGAAACUCUUGCUUAGAGUUUAAUCCUGCCCCCCUCUCCUGCAGAUUGCCCUGUGGAGAUGGAGCAGAGAGGGAAUCAAGAGUCACAUGCUUCCCUCCCCAUGUUACCAUGGGAGAUGGUCUUUCUCUAUUACUGAAGUGGGAUGUGAUUCUGCCAUUGGCCACUAGAGGCCCUCAGAGAACCACAUGUGGAACCUUGGUUUCUGGUUCCUGGCUGGAGGAAGUUUGGUAAUCAUCUCUCUCUCUCUCUCUCUCUAAAUAUUAUUACAUGCCCUAUUACUCCCUCUAAAUUUUGUCAUUCAACAUUAAUUAUGGAAUGUGGGAUAAAAGUACUGCCUGAGGCAUUAUGCAACUGGAUGGUCAAAUUCCUCUUAAAAUGAAUGGAGAAGAUUUGUUAGCAGUGGGGAGGGUGGGUGGGAGCACUAGUUUUGUCAAAGACUUUGCCCCCCAGCAGAAAGUUUCCAUUACACUGAUGUAUAUUACAGAGUGGUGUUCUGUGUGUGUAAUUUGGGCUGUUUCAUCAGUUUGAAACAUCUUUCAAAGGUUUAGGCAACAUUAAUGUGUGUCUUUGUGCAUUAGUGAUCCUUUGGAAUUGGAGUUUAGGCUUUUUGUGACUCUUUGAUUCAGCUUGUUUUGGAUAUCCCCAUCUUUCUGUUGUUUAUAAAGGUAGUGACGGAAUUUAAAUAAUCAGAGGUCCACAAAAAGUAUGAGGAGAAGUAUACACCUUUGGUCUUUUGCUAAAGUAAACCAGGGAAUUCUCUAUAAGUGUUCAGAGUACCAGGAAUUUUAGGGUAUUUUUCAUUUGCUGUUCUAUGUUUGUGCAUUUUAAAAUUCCAUUUGCAAUAGGAAUUAAAGGGUUAAGCUAUUGUAAUGUAUCAAGAAUUUUCUUCUUCUUUAUUUAGGGAAAGUUAUAUUGUCUUCUGGUGUGAAGUCCUCAAGGUGGCUCACUUUCUCCCCCCCUCCUUCUCUAUAAACUACACUAAAAUAAACACACAGACCCCAAAAUAAAUCUGCAAUAAAACCCUAAAAAUAGGAACAGCAAAUGACAGCUAGGAAAAGGAGCUUAUAAUUAUAAGAUAAAAUUGAGUAAAAUGAUCUUGUGAUUAAGAGAAUAGCUGAAGGCUAUACCGUCCAACUUGCCACAGUCUUCCACCAUUCCACACACCUGCAGUCUCUCCCCAAAUUCAUCCACACAAUUCAAAAGCACUGUCUGCUAUAAGCAGUGAUUUGUGUUUAAUUGCAUGCCAUAGAGUAGGGGUCGACAAACUACGGCCCGGGGGCUGGAUGCGGCCCACCAGGCUCGUAAAUCCGGUCCCCAGACCCUGCCGCCUGUUCGGUCAGUCCCUGCCCUGAGCUAAACCGGCAUGGCAUUUCCUUGAAAAUAAGCCGCGGGCGCCUCGCCGCGCGUGGACUGACUUCCACAACACUGGCAUGGCUUCAGUUUGGCUCCAGGAAGCUCCUGCAGCCAAUCCAAAGCCACGGACGCCUCUGGGCAGGAGGUGAGGCUGGUGCGGUUUCAGAUUGGCUGCAGGAAGUUCCUUGUUGUCCAUGUGCUGAGGUAAACCUGGCACGGCCAUGGGCGGAGAGGCUGGCGGGUGGGCAGCGGGUCUGGGCCGCACCAUGGGCAUUGUGACAGGUGCUUCGCGAGGCUUUAGCCAGAGCUUGGCGCCCAGUUCAGCGCUGCUGCCUGGCGCUCCGCGUGCGUAGCCUGCCCGCCGUCCUGGCCUUGGACGAUGGGCCUCAGUGCGUGGUGCACGCUGCCUGGGAGCUCUGUGGUGACAGCCGAUGGAGCAGCUGCUGCUCGUCAACAACACUGGAAAAGAGAGGACUGAGAGGAGAUAGGAUAGCCAUCUUCAAAUAUCUCAAGGGCUGUCACAUAGAAGAGGGAACAAGCUUGUUUUCUCCUUUUCUGGAGGAUAGGAUCCUAACCAAUGGAUUCUGACUAAACAUUCGGAAGAGCUUUCUGACUGUUUGACAGUGGAACGGUCUCCCUCGGGAGGUUGUGGAUUUCCUUCCUUGGAGAUGUUGAAGGAGAGGUUGGACGGCCAUCUGUCAUGGAUGCUUUAGCUGAAAUUCCUGCAUUGCAGGGGGUUGGACUAGAUGUCCCUUGGGGAUCCCUUCCAGCUCUUCAGUUCCUUGAUUUUAUACUUUCAUAGAUGGUAGGAAUUCAUCUUCAGAAAUACCAGUGAAGUUCUGCUGAAAGUGUUCCCUUGAUCCAUCCAGCAGCCACCUGGAUGUUGCUGGACCCCAGCUCCCUUCAUCCCUGGCCAUUGGCGUUGCUUCCUGGGGUGAUGGGGGUUGUGAGCCCACCAACAUCUGGAGGGAAGCUGCAAGAGAGUGUAAGUGUGCUGUAUUUUAAAUUUGUGAUUUUAGUAUUUGGCUUUAAAAAGUAUUACAGUGGUACCUCGGGUUAUAGACACUUCAGGUUACAGACUCCUCUAACCCUGAAAUAGUGCUUCAGGUUAAGAACUUUGCUUCAGGAUAAGAACAGAAAUCGUGUUCCGGCGGCGCGGCAGCAGCGGGAGGCCCCAUUAGCUAAAGUGGUACCUCAGGUUAAGAACAGUUUCAGGUUAAGAGCGGACCUCCAGAACGAAUUAAGUUCUUAACCCGAAGUACCACUGUAAUAGUUAGAGGAGUAUAUGAUCCCCCAGUCUUCCAAAAUACUGCUUUUUCAUUGGUAUUUAAGUCCAGAUUUUUCCCCUCUCUCCCUUCCCCAUUGGCAGCAUGUUUUCAAAAUAUACAGUGAGUUUAAUAAGAUCAAACAAACAAACGGAUAAUGCAAAAUCAGCUGAAUGAAGCUGUUAAUUCUUUGUGCAUGAAUAGACUUCAUAAACACAGGCUCCUCUGAACAGCUCUCCACAAAUUGAACCGUCUGCUUCCCUGGUUGACGCCUGCACCUGUGUUAUUUUAACAGAAACUGUUCUUUAACUGUUACUUUGUUGAUGAUUCAUAAGAUAAUUUCUGGAAUUAUUUUGGGUUAUUUUUCUCAUAUAGCUUUGAGUAUGCCUGCCAAAGCCAAUAAUUGUAAUUUAUUUAAGCUUAAAAGAAAAAAACAUGAGACAAAAAAUCUUUGAACUAAUGGCACCAGUGCUUCUUUUAGGAUUCUUAAAUGGAAACUUUGUGAGACUGGAAUUCUUGUUGACAUAAAGGUGAGGCAGAAAUGUCUGAACUCCUUUCCAUAAGUUCAUACCUGGGAAUGGCAAGAUCCUCCUUGCGGGACAGCGCAAAUGCAAUGCUGGCUCCGUCUUAGUCCUGGCUGAGAAACGGGGGACCCGUCUUGAUGAUGUGCCCUGCCUUGCUGCAGAACAUGAGAAAAGCAGGGCGGGGUAGUGGUGAGAGUGUCGGACUCGGACCUUGGAGACAGGGGUUCCAAUCCCCACUUGGCCAUGCAGCCCACUGGGUUACCUUGGGCCAGUCCCUGCCUCUCAGCCUAACCUACUUCAUAGGGUUGUUGUGGGGAUUAAACUAGGAGGGGGAGAACUAUGUACGCCACCUUGAGCUCAUGGGUGGAAAAAGUGAGCUAGAAAUGCAAAUAAAUAAAAAAGAACAUAAGAAGCGUCCACAGGAUCAGACCACGAAUGCAUCUUUUCCAGCAGCCUACUUGACAGGGUCCACAGCUUUAUGUUGGCAGGAAAUCUGCAAGCAGGUAUUCAAUGGCACCCUGCCUCUGAAAGAUGGCAAAAUGCCGUUUUGCUAUGGCAUUAUGAGAGUUGAUGUUCUACUUUUUGGCUGUUUUUGUAUCUGUCUGGAAUAGCUUUAUUCAUCCUCCCCAUUAUGCCCUGCCCUAACAUCUGUUGGAUGAAGGGUGCUCUAGAAAUGUUUCAAAUGAGUAUCUUAAAGAAAAGCACUUUGUGCAUUCAGAUGAAUUCAAACCCCCUUUCCCCAGGCUCAGCUGUCAGAGUGGAGGUGAGCUGACCUAAGUGGGGAAGCCUCCACAGUGGAAUUCAGGGAGGAAAGGCAGGUGGGGAAGUGACAGAGCCCCACUUUAUACUGGAUCAGGGCAGAAAUGUGAAUAAAUCCCAGCAUGCCUUGCUUUGACUCCCCCUCCCAUAUGCAUAUUUAAUUCUAACAUUAAGUUUCUUUAGACUUUGCAACAAAAUGGAACAAAUUAUCCUGAAUAUAUUUUAUAGUGGCCUUUUUUCAGUAUCUGUCAUCUGUAUGAAGUUUUAUUUUGUAAAAACAUUGCAUCCUACAGUAGCAUCUAUUAAUGUUAAUAAUUCCACCCCUUUCCUUUCCCCAAGAACUCUGCAUUAGUGUAGUAUUAAGAGAUUUCCCCCUCUAUCCAGUUAAAGCAAAGUUCUUUGUGUAAAGUUUUCUUUUACUUACUUUCGGACGGGCUGUGAAGCUGGUUUAUUCUUAGUAAUUUCCUGAUUGUGAACGCUGUGGUUCUUUAGCCAAGCUGUCUAUAAUAAAAUGUAACAUGUAAAAUAAGUUUCCACGUUCUUUCUGGAAGCUGUAAUUUUCUUUUAUAGGAGAAGAUGUUGGAAGAAUCACUCUGCCUUUUCCCCUCUCAAAAUAAAGGGGCAAAAAUACUACUUUUAUUACAAAAUUAGCUGAACUAUUUGCUGGGCUACAGUCUUGCAGAGUUUACAAUGAUCCUGGGCAUUUUCCAGGCAGCGAGUUUUUAAAUAGUUCCCUCUCUUUGGUAAGUGGGCCUGCAGUUCAUGGCACCAUUUACUCUGAAGGAAGACUAUUAAAGGCAGCCUGUGUUAGAGUAACCAACUUUGGGGGGGCUGUCAGGGCUUGUCUCCUCUCCACAACUUGAGGCCUUUGUCAGGGCGUUGUCUCACAUUUCUUAAUCUCUGUAGAAUUUCUAUAAAUCAGAAUUCUGUAGGUAAUAGAAUAACAGAUCAUCCCCUUUAUAUUAAACUGCUGAGCACAUACAGGUAGAAGCUGUUGCUUUAAGUAAGUGCCAGGAUUUGAGCCUGUUGUGGCCCCCAGAAACUGGGACUAAGGAAAGAUAAGCAGAGAUUCUCACCUUUUGCUGGCCAAAGGAGGGACCUACAGGAGUCUACUAUAAAAGUCCCUCCCUGCCCGUGAUAAUCUGCCCUUGCCUUCACUUUGCACCUCUCCCCCUGAGGGACUGGGGUAGGAGAUAACUGCUCCCUCCAGACACCAUUCUCACUCCCUACUGUGCCCAAGAGAGAGUUUCGGUACCCCAUAUUCUUUCCAAAGAACAAAGAUAAUCCCUUGAGUUUUGGGAAGGGGGUGAACAACUAGAAUCUAUGAUACAGCAAGCAUGUGUCUAAUCUCAUAUUAAUUCAGAAACAGACAGAUUUUUAGUAGCAUUAGUGUAAUGGAGUCAAGAUGCACGGGAGGGUCUGUAGUUCAUGGGAAGACACUGAGAAGGUCCCAGGUGUUGACAUGGAUCAUGCGUAGAUUAGGAAAGACCAUGCGACACUUUCCUCCAAUAUGCUAAGUAGCACAGCAGACUGAAACAUAAAAUAAAAUUUCAGUCACUCCCCCACCAUAACUUUACACUUAUGGUGGCAGCCUUUGCCAAUGGGGUGUCCUCCAUGCUGGUUGGGGCUGAUAGAAACCGUAGUCUAAAACAUCUGGAGGGCCCCCUGUUGGCAAAGACUGUGUCAUGGUAUAAUAGGUCAAGUUCCGAGAGGCGAUGCUUGAUUUUUUAAUUAUAAAAGUCAACACAACCAAACUUAUUUUCAAUAUCAUUGUUCUACUGUUCUCUGGAAUUGCUUUUUUUAAAAAAGCUCUGUACGUGAUAAAUUUGAGGAACUGAGCCAGUACAAGGAAAGUAAACUUAAUGCACAAUGAACAUUCUCUGAGUGGUGCCUAGAUUCCUUUAGAUUUCUAUAAAUAUGCCCAAUUGAUGUUGAUGCCAAUUUUUUUUUUUUAUGUUGGCACAAAGGUUGGAUUCUUCCAGUAAGUGCUUAGACAUAUUGUACAUUACGAUACUCCCAAAUAUUUGACAGGGAAAAUUAGAUAAAAAUGUUUUAUGUUAAAUAAGCAAGAACUUCAGAACUGGGUAGUGAGCAAGCUUAAUAAGACUAUUCCUAAUACAACAUCUGUGAAGCAUAUUACUGUUGGAAGUAUUUCAUAUAUAUUCUCUCAAAAGCCGUGUAAGAUAUAUCCGUAUUAUACCUCCAAGUAGAUGCAUACAACCAAGUGUUGAAGUGCAUCCCCAGCUAUUAACAGAAGUGUUUCUGCAUAGGGUUCCAUCCAGCCUAGAACAGGACACUUGGAUUGCUGUUCACGGUUUGGGGGUGAGUUCACAGGAUUGGUGGUGAGGAUGAACAAUGACUCCCCCUUUCCCAUCUUCCUGAAACCACCCCCUACUGGGUUCGGGGCUGGAUUCCAAUCCAUUUUUUAAAAAAUAAUAUUUUUAUUAUGAUUUUUCAACAAGUUUUAACAUAUUCAAAAAUUCAAAUUGCUUUUUACAAUUUCAGUUCACCCCUCCCCCCCCCCCAGACUUCCCCCAGCUUCCCUUUCUGGUUUAUAACAUAUUUGUUUGUUCUGCUUAUAAUUUUAUAUACCUUAUAUACUAAAAUUAAAAUAGUAUUCUUAAUCUAUUCUUAACAUUUUUACCUCAUAUUUGUGUUUUCUAUUUAUAUUUGUCCAUUGUAAGUGUUUUACUCAAAUCCUGCAAGUGAGUUCAUUUCAAUGCAUUAUUUCUGUAUAUACAUCAUUGUUGUUUAGUCAUUUAGUCGUGUCCAACUCUUCGUGACCCCAUGGACCCGAGCACGCCAGGCACUCCUGUCUUCCACUGCCUCCCGCAGUUUGGUCAAACUCAUGCUAGUAGCUUCGAGAACACAACCAUCUCGUCCUCUAUCGUCCCCUUCUCCUUGUGCCCUCCAUCUUUCCCAACAUCAGGGUCUUUUCCAGGGAGUCUUCUCUUCUCAUGAGGUGGCCAAAGUAUUGGAGCCUCAACUUCAGGAUCUGUCCUUCCAGUGAUUUCCUUCAGAAUGGAUAGGUUUGAUCUUCUUGCAGUCCAUGGGACUCUCAAGAGUCUCCUCCAGCACCAUAAUUCAAAAGCACCCAUUCUUCGGCGACCAGCCUUCUUUAUGGUCCAGCUCUCACUUCCAUACAUCACUACUGGGAAAACUAUAGCUUUAACUAUACGGACCUUUGUUGGCAAGGUGAUAUCUCUGCUUUUUAAGAUGCUGUCUAGGUUUGUCAUUGCUUUUCUCCCAAGAAGCAGGCGUCUUUUAAUUUCGUGGCUGCUGUCACCAUCUGCAGUGAUCAUGGAGCCCAAGAAAGUAAAAUCUCUCACUGCCUCCAUUUCUUCCCCUUCUGCUUGCCAGGAGGUAGUGGGACCAGUGGCCAUGACCUUCGUUUUUUUGAUGUUGAGCUUCAGACCAUAUUUUGCGCUCUCCUCUUUCACCCUCAUUAAAAGGUUCUUUAAUUCCUCCUCACUUUCUGCCAUCAAAGUUGUGUCAUCCACAUAUCUGAGGUUGUUGAUAUUUCUUCCGGCGAUCUUAAUUCCGGCUUGGGAUUCAUCCAGUCCAGCCUUUUGCAUGAUGAAUUCUGCAUAUAAGUUAAAUAAGCAGGGAGACAAUAUACAGCCUUGUCAUACUCCUUUCCCAAUUUUGAACCAAUCAGUUGUUCCAUAUCCAGUUCUACCUGUAGCUUCUUGUCCCCCAUAGAGAUGUCUCAGGAGACAGAUGAGGUGAUCAGGCACUCCCAUUUCUUUAAGAUCUUGCCAUAGUUUACUGUGGUUGAGACAUGCUGUGGUUGACACAGUCAAAGGCUUUUGCGUAGUCAAUGAAGCAGAAGUAGAUGUCUUUCUGGAACUCUCUAGCUUUCUCCAUAAUCCAGCGCAUGUUUGCAAUUUGUUCUCUGGUUCCUCUGCCCCCUCUGCCCCUUCGAAAUCCAGCUUACACUUCUGGGAGUUCUCGGUCCACAUACUGCUUAAGCCUGCCUUGUAGAAUUUUAAGCAUAACCUUGCUAGCGUGUGAAAUGAGUGCAAUUGUGCGGUAGUUGGAGUAUUCUUUGGCACUGCCCUUCUUUGGGAUUGGGAUGUAGACUGAUCUUCUCCAGUCCUCUAGCCACUGCUGAGAUUUCCAAACUUGCUGGCAUAUUGAGUGUAGCACCUUAACAGCAUCAUCUUUUAAAAUUUUAAAUAGUUCAGCUGGAAUGUCAUCACUCUCACUGGCCUUUCUAAGUGCUUUCUAAGGCCCAUUUGACUUCAUUCUCCAGGAUGUCUGGCUCAAGGUCAGCAACCACACUACCUGGGGUGUACGAGACAUCCAUAUCUUUCUGGUAUAAUUCCUCUGUGUAUUCUUGCCACCUCUUCUUGAUGUCUUCUGUUUCUGUUAGGUCCUUACCACUUUUUGUCCUUUAUUAUGGUAAUCUUUGCACAAAAUGUUCCUUUCAUAUCUCCAAUUUUCUUGGAACAGAUAUCUGGUUUUUCCCAUUCUAUUGUUUUCCUCUAUAUCUUUGCAUUGCUCUUGUCUCUCUCGCAUUUUGCUUGCCUUCUCUCCCCCGCUGUUUGUAUGGCCUCAUUGGACAGCCACUUUGCUUUCUUGCAUUUCCUUUUCAUUGGGAUGGUUUUCGUUGCUGCCUCCUGUAUAAUGUUGCGAGCCUCCAUCCAUAGUUCUUCAGGCACUGUCCACCAAAUCUAAAUCCUUAAACCUGUUCCUUAUUUCCACUGUUUAUACAUAAGGGAUUUGAUUUAGAUUGUAUCUUACAGGCCCAGUGAUUUUCUCUACUUUCUUCAAAUUAGGCUUGCUAUAAGAAGCUGAUGAUCUGAGCCACAGUCAGCUCCAGGUCUUGUUUUUGCUGACUGUAUAGAGCUUCUCCAUCUUUGGCUGCAGAGAAUAUAAUCAAUCUGAUUUCGAUGCUGCCCAUCUGGUGAUGUCCAUGUGUAGAGUCGUCUCUUGUGUUGUUGGAAAAGAGUGUUUGUGAUGACCAGCUUGUUCUCUUGACAGGCCUUUGCCCUGCUUCGUUUUGAACUCCAAGGCCAAAUGUGCCAGUUAUUUCUUUUAUCUCUUGACUCCCUACUUUAGCAUUCCAAUCCCCUAUAAUGGGGAGAACAUCCUUCUUUGGUGUCAUUUCUAGAAGGUGUUGUAAGGCUUCAUAGAAUUGGUCAAUUUCAGUUUCUUCAGCAUAAACUUGGUUCAUAAACUUGGAUUACUGUGAUGUUAAAAGGUCUGCCUUGGAUUCGUAUCAAGAUUAUUCUGUCAUUAUUGAGAUUGCAUCCCAGUACAGCUUUUGCCACUCUUUUGUUGACUAUGUGGGACACUCCAUUUCUUCUAUGGGAGUCUUGCCCACAGUAGUAGAUAUGAUGAUCAUCCAAUCAUCAUAUCUACUACUGUGGGCAAGACUCCCAUAGAAGAAACUGAAUUCGCCCAUUCCCGUCCAUUUUAGUUCACUGAUGACCAGGAUAUCAGUAUUUAUUCUUGCUAUCUCAUUUUUGACCACAUCCAGCUUACCGUGGUUCAUAGAUCUUACAUUCCAGGUUCCUAUGCAAUAUUUUUCUUUACAGCAUUGGACUUUCUUUUCGCUUCCAGGCAUAUCCGCAACUGAGCGUCCUUUCGGCUUUGGCCCAGCCGCUUCAUCAGCUCUGAAUCUACUUGUACUUGUCCUCCGCUCUUCCCCAGUAGCAUGUUGGACGCCUUCCGACCUGAGGGGCUCAUCUUCCAGCGUCAUAACUUUUAUAUGCCUGUUGCCUUUGUCCAUGGAGUUUUCUUGGCAGGAAUACUGGAGUGGCUUGCCGGUUCCUGCUCCAGGUGGAUUACGUUUAGUCAAAACUCUUCACUAUGACCUGUCCAUAUUGGGUGGCCCUGCACGGCAUAGCUCAUAGCUUCUCCGAGUUAUUCAAGCCCCUUCGCCACGACAAGGCUGAGGCAGGGUGCAUUGCCUAGUGAGUUUAUGUCAGAAGAGGAGAGAUUUGAAAAGAAGACUUCCUGGUUAGCAUGACCCCCUCUCUCAGCAGUUACGCUACUUGCGUAGGGCUUGUGGGCACCGCUUUCCAAAGAAUAGAUUGCAAGCUGAUACCGCCCUACUGCCAAGGAAGCACAUUUCUAUAUUCAGUUCUUUUGCUUUGCAUUGUUAAGAGAUAAGGGGGCGGCAGGGGGUGCUGGAGGUGUAAAUGACUAUCAGGCUUGAAAAGCUGGUAUCACAGCAUCAAGUUCAUCCAUUUUGUUGAAUAAAUUAAACCAAAUGGUUUUAAUUGGAUUUUGAAUUAAUGUGCAAUUAAUUUUUAUUGUUUUGAAUUUUAUUGUAUUAUCUUCCAAAGUGGGUUGUGCAAACUGUUAUUCUGAACAGUGCCUUUUAUAGGGUAGGGUAGGGGGCACUGGGGAUGAGUUUAUGGAACCCAGGAGGCAGUGGCCUGGAAAAGUUUGGGAACAACUAAUGUAGACAAUACUGAAUUAGAUAGUUGAUCUGACUAUCUCUCACUGCUAAAAUAAUCUGCCUUGGCAUUCCUUGAUGGGUUGUCUAAAUGUAAUUGUUUUAUUGCAUGCUUUGGAUGUUUGUAUUUUAAACAUUUUGUAAUGGGGUUUUAUACUUUGUGAGCCACUUAGGAUCCCAUUUUGGCAUUAAGUGGUGUAUAAAUAAAUAAACAAACUGUAAUGUUAAAUAUCUAUUCUAAAUGCCAUGGACUGGAAGUGUUACUGAGCCACAUGCUAGUUGUCAAUCGGUAGGUUGUUGUUGUUGUUUAGUCAUUUAGUCGUGUCCGACUCUUUGUCCGACCCCAUGGACCAGAGCACGCCAGGCACUCCUGUCUUCCACUGCCUCAAUUGGUAGGGCUUGCCUUUAAAAGACUGUUUUAUUUCUCCUUGCAGGUCUCUUGAUUCACUUUUGAACAAAGGCACGCAAGGGCUGCCUGUCCUCGAUUCACACUUGGUAGAGAUAGAAGGUGACACCGUGUACUUAUAUGGCUCUGGAGCUCUGGAAUCCCUUGAUCGAAAUUGGAGUGUACAGACGGCUGGGAGCAUCACCACAAUCUCCUUUAAUUUCAUAGACUUUGAUGAAAUUGUUCCAGUGUUGCCAAAACUGAGGAUCAGAUUUCCCAAUUCUCUAGUAAGAAGUUUUGUUCUUGAUCUUUUAGCAAUCUGGGACAAGAGGCAGGAUGCCCAAAUGUCUAAUUUGGUUCAGAAAAGAAUCUACAAGAUGCCCUUCUGGAUCAGGCCAAGACUCCAUUUGGUUCAGCCUUCUGUUUCCCACAGUGGACAUCAAGAUUCCUCUGGAAAAGCCCACAAGCAGAACAUGAGGGCAAUAACACUCUCCCUUCAGUACUCCCCAGUAUCUGCCUCUAAUUGUGGAAUGUGGAACCAGGGUUUAGUAGUUUGACCAUUUGACUCAGGCUGAGGAGACCCAUGGCCAUGAGGCUCACUUGGUGACUUUGGCCAGCCACAUUCUCUCAGCCUGACAGGCUUGCUGUGAGGGAGGGAGCACCCUGUACACUACUUAGAGCUUCUUGGAGGUGGGAUAAAGAGAUAAAUUCUGUUUAGCCAUCAUGGCUAACAGUGAUGAACAGAUCUCCUUCUCCAUGAAGUAGUAUAAUUCCCCUUUAAAACUUUCUGAUUUAUGACCGGUGCCACGUCUUGUGGCAAGGCAAGAAGUACUUUUCUUUUGCUUGUCCUGAACCCACAGCCAACCAGUUUUACCUUCUACCUUUUGUGGAUGUCAUUUGACUUAGCUUGUCUGUCUCUCUUAUUUGUGUGGCAUACCACAUGCAGCAGAUAAUUUACCAUACAACCCAUGGAUGGCAGACAUUCACAUUGUAGCAGAAAAUGUGUGAAUGUUCUCAGGUGGCCUCCUGAGACAUUAUGUGGCAAGUAGUUGUGCUCAAGAUUGGGCAAACUUGUAAAAGCAGAAUUUGGCAAUUGCUGAUGACUGCUAUGAUGGAAUGACUGAAGUUUGCUCUUCUCGGCCAUAGAAAAUAAUUAAGUGAAGAGCAGAUUACAUCACUGCAUAGAUAAAUUGGCACCCAGACUACACCCACGCACCCUCAAGCACAUAGUCAUGUGUGUUUAAGUAGAAGUUUGCGCGCUAACUUGGGCAAACAAGCAUGGAAAUAUCCAGAAACAAGCCAUUGUAGCCUUCUAGCCAUCUAGUCUGUACCACCACUGCUCCUUUUGCAUGCCUAGAAGAGAGAGACAAGGUGAGUAGAGGAAGCUCUACCUCCUUGCUUGUAUUUGUACAUGUGUGCUUGGAGAGAGCAGGUGAACAGCAAAGAAGAGGAGGAGGUCCAGGGGUGAGUAGUAGUAGUAGUAGUAGUAAUAUAUUUGUUCCCCCGUCCAUCUGGCUGGGUUUUCCCAGCCACUCUGGGCAGCUCCCAACAGAAUAAUAAUAAUAAUAAUAAUAAUGGAGCAACAAAACAUCAAACAUUAAAAACUUCCCUAAACGGCUGCCUUCAGAUGUCUUCUAAAAGUCAGAUAGUUGUUUCUUUUCUUGAUGGGAGGGCAUUCUACAGGGCGGGCACCACUACCGAGAAGGUCCUCUGCCUGGUUCCCUGUAGCUUCACUUCUCACAGCGAGGGAACCGCCAGAAGGCCCUUGGAGCUGGACCUCAGUGUCCGGGCUGAGCAAUGGGGGUGGAGAUGCUCCUUCAGGUAUACUGGGCCGAGGCCGUUUAGUGGGCUCCCUGCUUGGAUGUGGGUGUCAGCAUGUGCUGAGUGAUUCCAGGGUCUAAUAAAGGUCCUGUCCAGCUCAUGAAUACUCACUGCAAGAGUCCCAGGACCUUGGUUUACUGCCAGGUCCAGCUCAAGAUGAUUUGCUGUCUGAGGCAAAGGAUAAGAUGACAUAUCCACUCCUUAUACAGAAGCUGCCUUGGCUGGCAGUUAAAUCUUCACCACUGGCAAUGGGAGAGCAUCCCCCAUUGCACUUGACGGCAGCAGGAUGUGUGGUACCCGGCUAUGUCUGCUCCACAUCCCUCAGCAUCUGGCUAAUGGUUGGCUGGUCUUGGCUAUUGCCCUAUUAGGUACGUUGUGCUGGGUCUCAGUGCAAAGGCCUAAUGUCAAAGCGAGUAGAGACCUUUGACUAGCACAGCCAAUCUGGGGCUGUCUGAUAUUUCUCAAAAUGGCCACCCAGCCCCUUGCAAUCAUUGUAUCUUCCACUAAAUGUCUAAUGCUGCCUGCCUUCUUGUUUUGCUUGUUUCUUUACAGCACUUGAAAUUUAAGGAGAACAACCUUGCUGUGUUGAAACAGUUCAAUGCCUUAGCCCAACUUCGCCGCCUUGAGCAGCUAACAGUUGAUGCUCAAGGAAAUCCAGUUGUCACCUUCACCCUGUGGAAGUAUUACGUGAUGUUUAGACUGGGCCAUUUCAACCUGCAAAAAAUAAAUGGAAUGGAGGUAAGAAUAGGCAGCAUUUUCAAGGGGGGGCAUUCAGACACCUUAGAGCUGGUUCAGUUGGUCUUAUCACUGACUCACUUCUGCAAGAGAAAUUGCUUGUGUGAGAGGUCUACUCACAGUGUAAAACAAUCUCAGUAUGAUUGCAGGAGUCCCACAACAGGGCUGUCUCAUCUCCAAGGAGCCCCAGUUACAGAGGACGUGCAAGAGUUUUUCCUGCCUCUUUUGCAUUGCUUACAUGAAUUGGUUGUUUAUCUGAGCCAUUUUUCUGGUGUUUCACAAGGCGACAGAUCUGUCUGUUGAGCCAGCUGUCAUUCCAACAGCAAAAAAAGAAAGAAUGAAGUCAUUAUAGAAGCUAAGCAAGAAAUCCGGAGGUCAGGAAGCAAAAAAUAAAUAAAUUAGGAUCUGUGCUGCAAUUUUUGUUUUGUUUUUGUUUUGCAAAACUAUUCUAUCUUUUGUUAAGUUCAGUAUGUUUAAUUGGUUAUAUUGGUCAUACAGGAAAGCCUUAAAUUAACUGAUAAUUGGAAACCAUUGUUUAUAAUUUGUUACAAACUGAGCUUAUAUUAGAUAACUAAUGAAAUAUAUACCUAGGAGUACAAAUGACAAGAUUUACUUUCCAAUUCUUUUCUGGCAUGCAUUAACCAUGGAGUGGGGGGGGGGGGAUCACUAAACUCAACUGAAACCUCCCAGAGGGAGGAGAAAGAAAGCCAGGGAAUAGUUACCCUAUAGUAACUCAGGACCUUAUAAAGCAGAACAUGCCAUAAAAUUUCUAAUACCUCAGUUUGGACAUUUUUCUUAGCUAAGCAUAACUUAUAUUUAUGAGAAAUUGUAGAGCCAUCUUGUACUAUCAAGCAAAAUGAAUGCCUCCCUUUUCAGUCUGUCUUACCCUUCACACUGUCCAGCCUGGUCAGCAGCAGGGCCAGAGGAUGGGCUGCUUUGUAACCCAGCAGCAUACGGAUAGCCAGCCAGGUUCCCUACCCCUGUUCUGUGGAAACAAGCCAGUGUUAAGCCUUGGCUUAUGGAGCUGGCUUGUUUCAGCAAUUCAGAUUUAAGAUUUACCAUGCAAUGGAUAAAUGCAGUUGGGUUAAAUUGUAGUGAAUCUAAAAUGGAAGUGGAAGCUUCCACUCUCUUCCUUGCAGCCAUAUUGGAGGAGGGAGAAGAAAAUAUGUGAGCUGGAGGAUCCCUGCAGCUAAGUCUGCAAUAUGAGGGGGGAGAAUAAUGGCUCUGCAGAGAGAGUGUGUAGGUAAUGGGCUUUUGAAAGAUAUUAUAAAGGCUAUGGCACCAUAUGAAUGAGUGUCUCCGUCCCCAUCGUUCAACCCAGACCCUGAAGUCCAGCUCUGCGGGCCUUCUGGCGGUUCCCUCACUGCGAGAAGCAAAGUUACAGGGAACCAGGCAGAGGGCCUUCUCGGUAGUGGUGCCCGCCCUGUGGAACGCCCUCCCACCAGAUGCCAAGGCAAUAAACAACUAUCUUGACGUUUAGAGGACAUCUCAAGGCAGCCCUGUUUAGGGAAGUUUUUAAUGACUGAUGUUUUAAUGUAUUUUUAAUCCUUUGUUGGAAGCCUCCCAGAGUGGCUGGGGAAACCUAGCCAGAGGGACGGGGUAUAAAUAAAUUAACAACAACAACAACAACAGCAACAAUUUAUUUUUAUUAUUUAUUUAUUUAUUUAUUUAUUUUGGGGGAGGAUGCUCCAUAGGUGGAUCUAUGAGUAAUGCAGUGAGCUCAUAGAAUCAGGCCCAAGUCCCAGCCACUCUAUCUGGAGGUGAUAAAAAAUUCUACUCUACCUUAUGGUUGUUGUAAGAAUGAUUGUGUGAAAUGCUUUGAAACACUAUGUAUUAUUAUUUGCAAUAAUUGCCAGUUUGGUUGCAGUCUUGCUGUGCAGCGUCAGGCAAAAUGAUAGUCAGUUUUAGUUCUUUGUCUAUAAAAUGGAGGUAAUUAUGCCCUGUAUGCCAUGGCGGUUGUGAAAGGAGGAAGCUUGCAAAGUACUUGUGCAUGCUGCAGCACAGACUCGUUAAUGCUAAGUAAGAAUGGGCACAGGCCAUGCAAAAGAAAGCAGGUUUCAAAUCAUAGAAUUGUGGAGUUGGGAGGGGCCCAUAGGGUCAACUAGCCCCACCCCCUGCAAUGCAUCUAUAGAAGUGGGAGACAUUUUACUGAGUUAUUAAACCAGGGAGCCCACAAAUACAGUAUCCAGUGGCAACCUUUCAUUUUAAUUUUGGUGUAAAAUUCUGCAGUAAAAUUCUCUAACCAACGUAAUCUACUAUAGCAGAAAAGGCCACCAGCAAUACAAGGAGGCCUCUGUCAAAAUGGCACCAGGAUGUUAGGCUCUUGUUAUGAGCUGGAGGGAAGGUGGGGGAACAGGCACACACAGAGGUGACCAGCUGCUCCCCCCCGCAAAACUGCACACUCAGCUGUGGGUACAGAAGGGACCUGCUUGCUUGCCUUUGCAGGUGUGGAUACUGAGGUGCUGACCUUCAUUGGCUACCAGAAACCAUGACUGCCAAACCCAGUCAUUUUUGGAAACUUGUGCAAAACCUUUCUGGUGAAAUAUAAUAAUAAUAAUAAUAAUAAUAAUAAUAAUAAUAAUAAUAAUUUAUUAUUUGUACCCCGCCCAUCUGGCUGGGUUUCCCCAGCCACUCUGGGCGGCUUCCAUAGAAACAAAAAUACAGUAAAAUAUCACAGAUUAAAAGCUUCCCUGAACAGGGCUGCCUUAAGAUGCCUUCUAAAUGUCAGGUAGUUAUUUAUUGCUUUGACAUCUGAUGGGAGGGCGUUCCACAGGGCGGGCGCCACUACCGAGAAGGCCCUCUGCCUGGUUCCCUGUAGCUUUGCUUCUCGCAAUGAGGGAACCGCCAGAAGGCCCUCGGCGCUGGACCUCAGCGUCCGGGCAGAACAAUGGGGGUGGAGACGCUCCUUCAGGUAUACUGGGCCGAGGCCGUUUAGGGCUUUAAAGGUCAACACCAACACUUUGAAUUGUGCUCGGAAACGUACUGGGAGCCAAUGUAGGUCUUUCAAGACCGGUGUUAUGUGGUCUCGGCGGCUGCCCCCAGUCACCAGUCUAGCUGCCGCAUUCUGGAUUAAUUGUAGUUUCCGGGUCACCUUCAAAGGUAGCCCCACGUAGAGCGCAUUGCAGUAGUCCAAGCGGGAGAUAACCAGAGCAUGCACCACUCUGGCGAGACAGUCCGCGGGCAGGUAGGGUCUCAGCCUGCGUACCAGGUGGAGUUGGUAGACAGCUGCCCUGGAUACAGAAUUGACCUGUGCCUCCAUGGACAGCUGUGAGUCCAAAAUGACUCCCAGGCUGCGCACCUGGUCCUUCAGGGGCACAGUUACCCUAUUCAGGACCAGGGAGUCCUCCACACCAGCCCGCCCCCUGUCCCCCAAAAACAAUACUUCUGUCUUGUCAGGAUUCAACUUCAAUCCAUUAGCCGCCAUCCAUCCUCCAACCGCCUCCAGGCACCCACACAGGACCUUCACCGCCUUCACUGGUUCUGAUUUGAAAGAGAGGUAGAGCUGGGUAUCAUCUGCAUAUUGAUGGACACCCAGUCCAAAUCCCCUGAUGAUCUCUCCCAGCGGCUUCAUAUAGAUGUUAAAAAGCAUGGGGAGAGGACGGAACCCUGAGGCACCCCACAAGUGAGGGCCCAGGGGUCUGAACACUCAUCCCCCACCACCACUUUCUGAACACGGCUCAGGAGGAAGGAGCGGAACCACUGUAUAACAGUGCCCCCAGCUCCCAGCCCCUCUAGACGGUCCAGAAGGAUGUUAUGGUCGAUUGUAUCAAAGGCCGCUGAGAGAUCCAGCAGAACCAGGAAACAACUCUCACCUUUGUCCCUAGCUCGCCGGAGAUCAUCAACCAGCGCGACCAAGGCAGUUUCAGUCCCAUGGUGAGGCCUGAAUCCCGAUUGGAAGGGAUCCAAAUGGUCCGCAUCCUCCAGGCGUGCCUGGAGUUGUUCAGCAACCACGCGCUCAAUCACCUUGCCCAAGAAUGGAAGAUUUGAGACUGGGCGAUAGUUGGCCAUACUGGCCGGGUCUAAAGAUGGUUUUUUAAGAAGCGGUUUAAUGACCGCCUCUUUCAGCGGAUCUGGGAAUGUUCCCUCACAGAGGGAAGCAUUCACCACCCCACAGAGCCCAUCGCCCAGCCCUUCCCGGCUUGCUUUUAUUAGCCAGGAUGGGCACUUUGAAGUGGAUCACUUGGUGUCUUUUUAUUAAUUGCUUUGUUUGAAAAUUUAACAAGAAAAGAAAAAAAUGAAUUAAAAUGAAAAGAAGAGGAAGGAAAAAACACAUUAAUAAUAAUAAACAGAGAUUUCGAAUAGUAAGAGUAGACCUCAUUCAGUUCAUAUUGUGGAUAGAGUGACUAUCAGUACAUGAAUCUUAAAUUAAACAUGUAAGUUAACACAAGCCCUUCAGCUGUCCAAAUGGAUGCCUGUGUGAAAUAUGUUUGAAUGCAACCAGAGCAGUGAGGUCCUUGGCCCAUUGUGUAUUACCAUGGCCCAGAUGGUGCCACUUUGACCCCUCCAUCUUUCCCCUUCUGCAGGUUACCCAGAAUGACAUGGUCAUGGCCGAAAAUCUCUUUGGUGUCUUAGCAUAUGUAGCAUCUUCAGAUGUACCCUACUGCCGCCUGCUUUCAUUCCUCGGAGAUUGCAGGUAAAUAUAAAUACACACAUGAGAGUCAUUUUGCUUUGUAUGCCAAGGCUGUGAUUAGUUGCAUACACAUAGAGCUCCCCCGGGAUUGUGCUUCCCCAUUCAAUUUAACAGAGGGGCAGCUUCUUUGUAUGCACAAAAAGAAGCCUCCUGCGGAUGUCCCUGGAGGCAGAGGCGGAGCAAGGCGGGUGCGGCGCACUUUGGGCGCCAUCCUGAUGGGGCUGACAUUCUGCCCCCCCCCCGCGACUCCCAAGCCUACAGCGAGCUGGGGAAAGGGGGGAGCUGCAAAGCGGCGUGCAAAGACAAGCCUACCCACUAGCCAUCGUCUGCGCGUGGCUUUGCAGCUCCAGCUCUCUCAGAGCAGCAGCCGCGGGCAGAAGAUCCCACCGCCGCCCGUUGGCUCAUGUAGCGACGCUGUGCAUGCGCCAUACGUAUGGCGCACAUGCAUGGUCGCCAGGCGGUUUGCCCCACCCCCUGACACCCAGCACCGGGGGCCGGUUAGCCUUCCUUCACCCCUGCCUGAAGGAGCGCUAUGAGAGCAUCUCUGAAGACAUUUGGCAUAGACAGUACAGUAGUGGGACAGGCGGACUGAUUUUGUUUAGUUUGCCUCCCCCCUCAUGAGCCUGCAUGAGAACGCCAUUCCACCCUAGAGAUCACCCUUCAAGUCCCCUGAUGCACAACAAAUAGGGCCCUGGCAGAGAACCACCUUCUUUUGUGAUACCCACAAAACGGAAGGUCCUCCUUAGAGAGGUACAUCUCCCCUUGACUGCCACGUGCAAUUGCUCAGAAUUGUGCCAUCUGUAAGGUUGUGCUUCCUCCUUCUUCUUUAACUCUGCUGUUCUGGUAUGUUGACUUUCAAGUAGAGAUUCAUCACAAAUGGCUGUUUCCAUUCUGCUGCAGAUGGUUUCUGCCAAAUACUACGUUAUUUUUCUCACAGUAUGCUAGUUAAUGUAGGUAACUUACAUUCAUUACAGUGUAAAGGAAACGUCAAACAAUGUGAAGAUAAUUAAUUAAUUAUGUAUUGUUUGUGGACUUAAAGCCCCCGCCCACAACAUAAAUGAAUAACUCUCGUAUCUGCUUGAAUGAUUUUCAUUCCUGAUCACAGACAAAUACACAAACCAGCAAUUUCCACUUCCUUUUUAAUUUUGCAUGGAAAUCUAGUGCGCAUGUGUCUGCCAUCAUUGUGCUACUUCAGUGGAGACUUCUUCAUUCCUUUUCUCUGGAGACUUCAGUUUCAGAUUUUGCCUACAACCACAAGGUGGCAAUAUCUUCCCAUAAUGAUGGCAGAUUAUGUUCCUGGGACGCGGGUGGCGUUGUGGGUUAAACCACAGAGCCUAGGGCUUGCCGAUCAGAAGGUCGGCGGUUCGAAUCCCUGUGACUUGGUGAGCUUCUGUUGCUCGGUCCCAGCUCCUGCCAACCUAGAAGUUCGAAAGCACGUCAAAGUGCAAGUAGACAAAUAGGUAUCGCUCUGGUGGGAAGGUAAACGGCGUUUCCGUGCUUCACUGGUUCGCCAGAAGCGGCUUAGUCGUGUUGGCCGCAUGACCCAGAAGCUGUACGCCGGCUCACUCGGCCAAUAAAGCGAGAUGAGCGCCGCAACCCCAGAGUCGUCUGCGACUGGACCUAACGGUCAGGGGUCCCUUUACCUUUAGAUAUCCCUUUCACAGGUAAUACAAACUGUUCUUUCCCCAACUUUCCUGCUUUUAGGUUCUUAUCUUUAACUAUUAUUCCUCAGAGCCACUUAUUUCACUUAUUUUAUUCCGUGACCAGCCACUCUCAAAAUGGUGAAGGCGCUGCUCCUUUCGCUUUCCCACUAGAGCUGGCUUGCAUCUCCCCUCCUCCGAAUCUGAGCUAGAACUGAACCCUUGCCUUUCCUGGGAACAUCCUGUCCCUCCCUGUUGUCCCUCUUGCUCUCUUCUAUUAGCUUCACUGCUCUCCUCCCCCCUUGGGGAAAGCUUUCUCCAUCUGGGAAACUGGGAACUUCUAAAUCUAACUCUUCCCUGACAGAUGACUCCUGUAGAAAGGCAGAAUUAAAAACAGCCACCCUCCCUUUAUUUAUUUAGAAGAUUUAAUAAACCACUUAACACAAAAGUUCCAAAGCUGUGCUCAUAGAGCAUUAUUAUCCUAAUGUUAACAUAAAGCAGCUUCAUAACUUCAAUUAGGCUCACAUGUCUUGGUGGAUCCACUGAGAUAGUUGGUCUGGGGGUUUACAGUGUGUUGUCAUCAAUAAUGGGUGGAACCCAAAGUUCCUGAGAGAUGGCCUCCUCCCCUGCUAUUCUUCCAGCUCCCUAAGAUCACUAGGAAGGGUCUUUCUUUGGGUCCCACUUUGGGUGGAGACAUGGUUGAUGAUGACUCGAGAGACGGCCUUGAUAGUGGAUUGUGGAAAACCUUGCCCUGUUAAAUGGAUGGCUUCCUUUCUGGACAUUUUUUGCUGGCUGAUAUCUGAUGUUUCUUUAAAUGGAUUUGUUAUGUUUUUUAUAUUUGUGUUGUGAUGGGAAGUUUAAUCACAUUAAACAGGACGUUGGAUUUUCUGGCCUCUGGGAUUCGUUCGCCCAGUGGCUCACUGGCUGGUUGCCAAACCUGACUUGGCUUCGUAAUCUUUUUCAAUAUGCUAUUGUCAUAAUAUGUAUAUUAAUUUUGCUAUGCUGCUUCAUCCAAUGCAUUCCUGGUCUCAUGCGUCUUUGGUCUCAGUUUCUUUCUCCUCCUCAGCCACCUAAUAAAAUCAUUGCUGCCUACUUUGCGAAGUGGCAGCACCACCAGUAAAUAAUAGGGGAGAUGUGGGCAGACUUACUUCGGGUAUGCGCUGGCAUACCACGUAUCCCGAAGUAUUUUUGUCCCAUCCACCCUGAAAUCACAAAGCAACAUUUCGCAAAAAACAAAAAAAGAAAGGGGGAGAUGAUGGGAAGUUCUGCCUUUGCACAUGAGUCUGGGAAUGUUCAGUUCACAUUGAGUUCAUCAUACCCUGACCUGUUCUUAACGCAUUGUUGACCACAUCUACGGAAUGCGAUUGUUAUGCUCUUUUCAAGUCAUGCAAUAUCAAUCACUAGUAAUAGUUUAUUAAGACAUGCAAUAUCAAUCACUAGUAAUAGUUUAACAAGGAGGAUUUCAUACCUGUCUAACCAUGUGUUCCCUUUCCCAACCUUUAAUCUAUUGAUGAUUAAUGCCGAUAUACAACCCUUGCAUUGUAUUUGUGUUAACCAAUCAGCAACAAGCACAUAUGUGGCAAUGCUGUAAUAUUCAAUAAAAGGGACUCUCCGAGACAUGCUCGGUAGAUGCCUCCCAUAUGAUACUUGCCACUUGUCUGUCGUUUAUUUCAACCCAACAGUGUUGUUUUUAUUCUUUGUAUUUUAAUAUAUAUGUUAUUGUAUUCUUAUUUUAAAAUGUUGUCGGUUGCCCUGCAUGAUGGCAUGGGAACCAGAAGGGCAAGAUAGAAACAUUCAUAUAAAAUUCAAAUAAAGAAAAUGUUUAGUUUCACUACUACUUUUUUCAGUUUUCAUUUUGGUCCAUCGCCAAUGUGUUUAGAUUUCCCAAACCCCACCCCUACUUCUCUCUCUCUCUGAGACUCAUUUACAAUACAGUCAUACCUCAUGUUACGUUUGCUUCAUGUUACAUUCUGUCAGGUUGUGUCCCGUGGCAACCCGGAAGUACCCGUUACUUCUGGAUUUCGUCGCUCGCACAUGCGCACAAGCACUAAAUCGCGUUUCGCGCAUGCACACAAGCUCCAAAUCAUGCAGCACACCUGCGCAGAUACAGCGCUUCAGGAUGCGCUCUUUUCAUGUUGCGAACGGGCCUCCGGAACGGAUCCCAUUCACAACCAGAGGUACCACUGUAUCUGUCAAACACAUCUAUCAAGGGGCUGCAGUUCUGAGAUAACAGAGGAAUACCUUGCAAGAAUCGGGCAGCAAGAUAUUCAGUAACCAGGAAACCAUGAAUUUGAAUGGACAAGCACAAAUGAAAGGUUACUCAGGCAAUGGCCAAGCUACAAUAAUUUAGCUCUGUAAAUCUCUCUCCCUCCUGCCUUGCCUGUCCUUAGGAAGAAACAAUUGUGUUAUCUUUUGGAAGCAAAGGGGAAGAAAUUGGGGACUGCCAGUGAGGAUGGCAAUGAUCGCCGAAAGCUGGGAGGAGAGAAUGCCAAUCGGCUGGCGCUGAAUUACACCACGAGAGAUUCCCAGACAGAAAAGCUGGAGGUAAGGAGUUCCAGGUGGAGCAGACACUUAAAAAAUUCCCAACUGUUUGUUUUUGUUACAGUAGCUCAUUUACUUUUUAAUGGGUUUAUCAUAUAUUUUCUUCUGCUUCGAACAGCACAGUUGACUUCUAUCUAGUGAAACAGUUUAUUUUGAGAUUUAACUGGAACAUAACCAAUACCUCCUGCUCUGCAACCUAGCGGUAGCACUAUUAAAAAUAUUCAUAAAGCUGGCAUAUGCACAUUUGUUGUAAAUGGAGAUAUUCAGCACAGGCUGGACAUACCCAAAGACAUUCUCUUUCUCCUCCUUUGUUCUGCUGUAAAAUGAAUAUAAACAGAUUAGGGUUUCACGGGCAGAAAGCUGCUGAUAUAUAUUUGGUACAGAUGUGCAGCUGGGAAUGAGCAAAUACAGAUGUAUUUAUUUUUAUUGACCACCUUUCAGCAAAGAGAGUUCCCGGGUUUAAAAUUCACUGUUCAAUCAGUUGGUGGUGUGGGAUGGGGGGGGCAGCCAAAGUGUAUGAGAGAGGUAUGGUAUCUUCUACUACCAUCUCCACCAAGUGCCUUGGUGGCCUUCUAGAUUUCCAGCAGGCUUAGUGCCCCUCCAGACACUCCCAACUGCUUUCCAACUGCAGCACUUAGGGGCCCUUGGUGGGGAACAGUUACGUAAUUCGUUUGUCAUUGAGAAAUGUGUGUUGUUUAGGGGAGACCUCUGAGUGGCUAACAGUAUGGUCUUACACAUGUCCUAAAUCCCAUUGGGUGCAACAGCACAUAUAUCCAGGCAAUUGUGUUUAGAAUUGCCUGGAUAUAGGCAAAAAAGUAGUAGAAGUAGAAGAUAGAAGACAGAUUAAAACAUUAUGUAAAAACUCCUGUAAAAAAACAACCCACCACCAAAAGAGGGCACAGUAGUCUACAUUCCUUUUUCUUCACCACUUGUAGGAUCUGCGUAGUCUUCAAAGGCAGCCCACUUCAUAACAUACUGCAGUAGUCUAGCCUGCAUGUGGCCAGGACAUGAGACCACCUUUUGUAUAUUAAUAGGUGGGCCUGAAGCUGAGGCCAGUUAGUGCUUUUUAUGGCCAAGGUCAAUUAUGAACAGAGGCCCUUCCCCACUCCCAGAGCCACGUGUACAGAAUUCUUAUAAAGAUCAAGAAAAGUGAGGCUGUGUAACAGGGAUUUGAAGCAGUAAAUAGUAUGCAAGACAAGCUAAUAACAAGGCUUCACUUCAUGAUUCCAUCACGUCUCAAGAAAAGACUAUGUAGCAAAAUAAGGUCCCUUGAGGAAUCUCGCAACUGGGUAAAUUGCAGAUUUUUUGGGGGGUGUGUGUGUGUUAGGAAAGGCAAUGUUCCACAUGUGCCUGUAGAUCAGGGGUAUCCAACAUGGAGCCCUCUAGGUAUUGUUGGACUCCAACUCCCAUCAUCCUUGACCAAUGGCUGUGUUCCUAGGGCUGAUGGGAGUUGGAGUCCAGCAUCUGAAGGGCACCACAUAGGCCUCCCCUGCUGUGGAUUUUACCAAACAUCCUAUGGGAACAAGUAAGAAGAAGAGUAACUGCCAGCUCAGCUUGUCAUCAACUGCAAACUAUCAUCAUAAAUGUGACGGGUAGUUCACCCUUGAGGGCAGCAAGUUAAUGUUACAUUUUCAGAUCGAGGCAGCUGGAAGGGAUUUUCCCUCUCUUCUACUACCCAUUAAAAACAGUUCUAUGUGGUUUGCAGGAGCAAGUCAUGACCUCACAUUUUCAGCUGGGCUAUAAAUCAGUUGGAUUAAACAUUGUGACAGCUUCCAAAGAGCCAAUUGUCAUAGGGCUUUGUGGAAAGCCUUGAUAGAAGGGGAUUAGAAUAAUUGAACAAGAAAGCCUCAGUGUCACAACAAUAGAUUCUCCCCUCCCCACUCAUCAGUGGAGGCCAAAUUGCUUGAUUUUCUAGAUCUCAUUGAUCAAAAAAUGUUUCCCGACACAGAAGGAAUACUGGUGGGUGGGUGUAGAGAGGGAAUUCAGAGAUACAAAUUCAAUACAUAAUAAUUGGAAAUGGUGCUCUAUGGCACAAUAUUAAAGUACACUGCCUAACAAACUUUUUCAUAACAAUAGACUUCCAACAGUAUUGACAGUAGAAGUUGCUGCAUCCAAAUGAUUAAUGACUGCCAGCUUCCAGAAAUACACACCAGUGUUGUUAAUAGUUACAUCCAAAUACAUUCCUGCCAACUGUGGCACUAAAAGAAACACACAUCGUUGCUUUUUAAAGACUGCAAUCCUUGCUAUAUAAUUAUAUAACCUUUAGAAGACAUCUGACGGCAGUCCUGUUUUGGGAAGUUUUUAAUGUUUGAUGUUUUAUUAUGUUUUUAUAUCAUCAUCAUCAUCAAACCUUUUAUUGGCAUCACAUACAAACAUCCAUAGCAAAUAAGUACAGAAUUACCGCCUUCCCAGUGACACAAAACAUUUGUCAAAUGAAAGAGGCAAGGCAGUCUAACAUUACAUCUCUAGGUCUCCAGGGAGAUCAAAUGUCUGCAAUGUGUUUCGACGACAAAAAACCAGAUAAAGAUAUUUAGCCACUACCUUGGUGAGCUCCUGAUUAUUCCCCAAUAAUAGAAAAUGUAUGAUCUCUAACUCUGGUUUCCAUUUGGAGCUGCUGGCAGAGAUCAACAUAUAGUUUACAUUUAAGAACCGUAUGUGUAAGAGUUUCCACCUGAUGGUCUUCACAUGGGCAAAUUCUUUUCCUUCCACCAUUCCCGAGAACCUUCUCCAUAGGAGGUUUGAAGGAUUUGAAUUAAAAUGCUCUUCUUUCUUGAGGAUUAAGCAAAAAUUCAAGAUAAUUGUGGUUAAUUUCAUGUGCCCAAGAAAGUUGAAAGUUAAGAGGGGAACAUGUUUUCUCUGCUGCUGCUGCUAGUUCCUGGCGUUCAAUGUCCCACAACCUAGUUUUUAUUGUAGCCUUGGCAGAUGGUGGGGACUUUGAUCGCAAAGAUUCCACUGACAGCCCAAGUUGCUGUACCGUUGUAGCCCUGGGGAAAGAAAGGGAUCUAGCAAAACUUCACUAGGGAGAGGAUCUCUAUCUGUUGUGAGGCAGAUGUUUAACCAGCAUGUGAGAAAUCUCGCCCAGGCUAUGGUCUCUACCUUGUGUUGACCUCCCUCUAGACACAAGGCUGCAUAGGGUACACAACGUGGGACAGCAAAAAUCUUAAAAUGGAAAGCUGCCUGCACUUGUUCUACCAGCUGGAUAAACCCUGGCAGCCACACUGGAAUUCCGUAGAGCAACUGAGCUAUAUCUUUGGCGUUGAAGACCUUGAGGGCAGAGGGGAUAUGUGAAUUACCUCUUGUUAUAAAGAAACGCAUUGUGGCCUGCAUAGACAUCUUACAGGUUCACUGCCGUUGCACGGUGCGAGGACCAUAGAAGCCUAUGAUGGAAUGUGAUUCCCAGGUAGCUGAAUUCGAAUACCUGCUGGAUGGGUUUCCCACCAAAUACCCAGCUAUAGCUUUUGCGUGAAUUAUGUUUUUAUAUGUGUUGGAAGCAACCCAGAGUGGCUAGGGCAAGCCAGUCAGAUGAGUGGGGUACAAAUAUUUAAAUUAUUAUUACCCUACUUACCUGUGAGAAAGCCUCACUGAAUUCGAUAGGACUUACUUCAGAGUACAUGUGUUUUGGACUUUGCUGCUAUUGUUUAAGCAAAAUGAAAUACAAGAGGCGCUCCAUAUUUCCUUUUGCUCACAUUGAUUUUUGUGAGGGGAAGUUUGCUUUUGACUAUUUGUGUCUUAAAACCAUGGAGAGAAAAGGAAAUUGGGACUGAGGGAGAUGUUGGUAUAAGGUCUGGAAGGGCAUACGCAAGCUUGAUAUGUACAUGUCUCACAGUCCCCCUGGCUACAGAUUUUGAAAAUGCAUUUUGGUGUUUGAUUCUUUUUCUCCUGUUGCAAUUAUUUUUCACUGUUUCCAGUGCCACCCCCACCGGAUGAGCCGGGUAUUAUUAUUAUUAUUAUUAUUAUUAUUAUUAUUAUUAUUAUUUGUGGAAAAGUAAAAAGAGAAAACAGUAAAUUAAUGAUAGAUUUGUUUGUAUUUUUGUACAAAGAAAUGUUGUUUAUUGUGCACUGCUGUGGUAUGUUGCAGUGUUUAGUGCUUUAUAAAUAUUCCAAACAAUAAACAAACAAACAGUUGCCAAGCAAGGGAGAGCACAUGGCACUAAUGGCCACACCUUGCUUUGAUAUUGACAUUUGAACUGGGCUAACAUUUUGUAUAUUCAUUUGAAGUGGAAAAUACUUUGACAGCAGGCUGCUGUCUAAAGUGACUAGAAUAUUUUUGUUUUUAGCCUACCUUGGCUUGCUUUAUAAGUUGAAAAAUAGCUUCCUUUCUCUUCUGCCAAAGGGAGCUUGGCAAUGCUCAAACACUUGUGUUCUCUUACCCCAGCAGAACCUGCUCUCAAAACGGAUCCUUUGGUGUUCCUUGUUGUUCACUGAGGACCAACAUUUCAGCCCGCUUCAGUCUUAUGUCUCUGGCAUUUUUUAAAUUAAGCUUAGCUGCUCUGGAGGAAUUUGUUUCCUGACCUUCACCCUUGAAAAUGGCUCUUUUGCAUAGGAAGCGAAGGACAGGAAGGACUUCUGCCAUUCCUACAUCCAAGACUUGGUGAAGGAAGCGGCUGACAUCAAUAUGAAGAAUGAGUCCUUGCAGAAGCUCUGGCCUCAGAUGUUCAUUGAACUCGUCAGAGACGCAGUGAUUGAGAUUCGCAAUAAGGAUUCCUACAUGAAGCUCUGCCUGCAACGGAUCGCCAGCCAGAAAUCGUAGGGACAUGGCUUCCUCUGCCCUUCAGGGCCACCCUACAUUUUCCACAAAGGCCUAAAAUAGUGUAAAAAUUACCAUCAUUCUAGGACAGUGUGUAUGUGUGUGUGUGUGUGUGUGUGUGUGUGUGUAUAUAUAUUCCAUUGAAGAAGCCUCAUUUUCACCGUAAAAUGUUCCCUCUUUUGCAUUUUCAGAUGGAGUUCUUUUUCCUUGUUCAAAUAUACACCCGUGUGUCUAUACACCAGCUUAAAGCAGCAAUAUGCAGGUAACUUGGUAUCUGUGCUGUGGUUUACUGGCUGUUUUUUGUUGCUGAUGCUGCUGUUCUUUUUUGCUAGAGCACUCAAAUUACCAGGUAAAAAGUCCCACUCUCUCUUAUCCUCAUCCUUUCAGCCGUUUUCCUGAUUUGGCACUAUUGUUGUUUGAGUUGGGGCAGAACUUCUCGGAUGGAAAUACUGGAUUGGGGGGAUUGAAAAAUCAAUAAAUUAUUCUUUUUGUAAACCCCAAAUUUGAUCUUUAGAGAAUUGCUUUCAUUUGGUUACAAUGGCACCCUGCAAUGCUAAGCUUAAGGAUUCAGUAGCAAAAGGUACUAAUAGAUCCUGCGAAUACUAAUAGAUUUUAUUUUUGCAUUUUCUAUUUUGCAUAAACAAAUGAAUUAAAUAUGUAAACAUAUAAUCACUUUUGCCUAAAAGAAAAGCUUCUGGUUUAUUAGGAAAAGUUAUCUUCAACAUUUUUUCCAGUUCAUUAUAUAUCAUUUAUCAUCUUUUAUCAUCUUACAUGACCACCACACAUGAUAAAAAGUACCCUCUUUUUCUUUACAUUUCUAGCACGUUUUAGACUCUUUUUUGUACAUCAUAGCUAAUUUGCUGGAAGUUAAAUACCAGUGAUAACAUCAAUUUCAUAUAAUUCUCCUUCAGAGUGUAACACACUGUAUAUCCCCCCCCAAUUUUUUGUUAUUAAUUUUCACAAAAUUAUAAACAAUCAUAAAUCAUAACCUUAUUAAAGUUAUACUUAUUAACAUUGUUAAACAACUUCCUCGCUUCCCCUUGGUUAAAUUUCAGUGUAUAUCCUUUUAACGGUUUUCCAAAUCAGAAUUCUUAUAAACUUAACUUAAUUGUUUAACAUCUUUAUAUCUUUUCAAUUUGAAAUUAAACAUAUUAAUUCAACACUUAACUUAUAAAAAAUCCUAAGCCAAUCUAAUACCCGCAAGCUGUUUCCAAUUAAUUUAACUUAACAAAUUUAGCUAAAUAAUUAUUAAAUUUUGUCCAUUCUUCCCGAUACUCCUCCUCCUUCUGGUCGCGGACUCUUCCGGUUAGGUCAGCUAGCUCCGAAAAAUCCAUCAUCUUCAUCUGCCAUUCUUCCACAGUUGGUUAUUCUUGGGUUUUCCACUUUUUAGCUAGUAAAAUUCUAGCAGCAGUUGUGGCAUACAAAAAUAAUUUAACAUAUUUCUUGGGCAAUUCCCGACCAAUUAUUCCAAGAAGAAAGGCCUCGGGUUUCUUUAUAAAUAUAUAUUUCAACAUUUUUUUCAAUUCAUUAUAAAUCUUUUCCCAGAAGUCUUUCACCUUGGGGCAGGUCCACCACAUGUGAUAAAAAGUUCCUUCUUUUUCCUUACAUUUCCAACAUAAAUUAUCACAGUUAUGAUAAAUCUUAGCUAAUUUAACAGGGGUCAAAUACCAUCUAUACAUCAUUUUCAUUAUAUUUUCCUUUAACACAGUACAUGCGGUGAACUUAACCCCUUCCACAGUCUUUCCCAAUCAUCAAGCAUUAUGUGAUGUCCAACGUCUCUUGCCCAAUCUAUCAUCACAGAUUUAACUUAUUCAUCUUUUGUAUGCCACUCCAACAAUAACUUAUACAUUUUAGACAAAUUUUUACCUUUAGUGUCCAACAACUCUGUCUCCAACUUAGAUUUUUCAGAAGCAAAACCGUUUUUUUUAAAAUCCAGUUUGUACAAUUCAUUAAUCUGGUAGUAAUGUAGCCAGUUUAACUUAUCUUUAACUUGAUUAAAUGGUUUUAAUUUAUAUCCUUCUUAAUCUUCCAAUAUUAAAUCAGAAUAUCUCAACCAUUUGGUAUCCAUGUUUAACUUUUUCUGGGCCUUUGCCUCCAUUGGUGAAAACCACCUGGGCGUCUUUCUUUCUAAAAGAUCUUUAUAUUUAAUCCAUACAUUAUACAAUGAUUUCCUAAUUACCGUAUUUUUCGCUCUAUAGGACGCACUUUUUCCCUCCUAAAAAGCAAGGGAAAAUGUGUGUGCGUCCUGUGGAGCGAAUGCAGGGGGGAGGCAGGCGGGGAAAGCCCCCAAGAGCCGCACACAAGCUCCAUGUGGUUCUUGCGGGCUUUUCCCCAGGAGGGAGAAGGGACUGACUGGCCGCAUCAGUCCCUUCUCCCACCUCGUAGAAAAGCCCACAUGAGCCAUGCACCCUUUAAAGAGCGCGCGGCUUCUGCGGGAGGUGGGGGAAUUCCCCCACCUCCUAGAAAAGCCAGCAGAAGCCGCGAAGCCCCUUUAAAGAGUGCGUGGCUCCUGUGGGCUUUUGCAGGAGAUGGGGGAAUUCCCCCACCUCCCGCAAAAGCAGGGAGAAGGUCUGGGAGAAGGGCACAGGCUGCCUGCAGCCUGUCUGCUGCUUCCAGAGCUGGGGGGGGUGUGUGUCAUAUUUUUUUCCUUGAUUUCCCCCUCUGAAAACUAGGUGCGCCCUAUGGUCAGGUGCGCCCUAUGGAGUGAAAAAUACGGUACAUGGUUUUUAAAUGUAUUAUGGGCCUUUACCUUGUCAUACUAUAUAUAUGCAUGCCAGCCAAACACAUUUUCAAAUUCCUCCAAAUCUAAUAGAUCUGUAUCUUCUAAAAGCAUCCACUCUUUAAUCCAGCAGAAAGCUGCUGCUUCAAAAUAAAUUUUUAAAUCUGGCAGGGAAAAUCGCCCUCUUUCUUUAGAAUCCAUGAGUAAUUUAUAUUUAAUUCUCGGUUUUUCCCCUGCCAGAUGAAUCUAGAUAAAGCCUUCUGCCAUUCUUUAAAACAUUUUGCAUUGUCUAUGAUUGGAAGGGCUUGGAACAAAAAUAGCAUCUUUGGGAGCACAUUCUUCUUAACCACUGAAAUCUGGCCCAUUAGUGACAAUUUUAAAUUUGACCAUAUCUCCAGAUCUCUCUUAAUUUUGUUCCAUAAUUUCUCAUAAUUAUCUUUGUAUAAAUUCAAGUUUUUCCCAGACAGAUUCACCCCUAAGUAUUUAACUUUUUUCACAAAAUCCAGGCCCGUCUUUUCUUGUAAUGAUUUUCUUUCAUCAUUAUCCAGAUUUUUCUCUAAUACUUUGGUUUUGCUCUUGUUCAGUCUAAAUCCUACUACCUGUCCAAACUCUUGUAUCAGCUCCAGUGCUUUAACUGCACUGGAGUCUGGAUCUUGUAAAGUCAAUACUAAAUCAUCCGCAAAGGGUUUUAAUUUAUAUUGUUUGGAUCCUUCUGUAAUACCUUUAAUUUGUUCAUCCUUUCUAAUCAUACUUAGCAAGACCUCUAGGACUGAAAUAAACAGCAGAGGGGAAAGUGGGCAGCCUUGCCUGGUUCCCUUCUCUAUUCUAAUUUCCUCCGAUACCACAUUACUUACAAUAAUUUUAGCUUUUUGUUCCUGAAAGAUCGCUUUGAUACCAUUUUAAAAAUCUUGACCAACCCCCAUACUCUCAAAAUUAUAUAACAAUGUAUCUUGGAGAUUUAUGUUAUAUGUCAAAGGCCUUCUCUGCAUCAAUAAACAUUAACAUUGCUUUACAAUUCUUUCUUGCUUCCAGUUUUUCCAAAAUAUCCACAACAUUUCUAAUAUUAUCUUUCAUAUGUCCUCUAGGCAGAAAUCCUGCCUGGUCCUUGUGGAUAUAUUUAGAUAGAACCUUCUUUAGCCUGUUAGCCAAUAUAUUUGCAAAAAUUUUGUAAUCCACAUUGAGUAGGGAGAUUGGUCUAUAGUUUUUAACAUUGGAUCUAUCUUGACCCUGUUUAGGAAUCAGAGUAAUAUAAGCUUCCUUCCAGGUUUCAGGUGCUUUGCCCCCUCACAUGAUGGUUACUUCUACCAGAGGUUGAAUAAGCCAAUCUUUCAGUGUCUUAUAAUAUUUCGCUGAUAGACCAUCAGGUCCCGGUGUCUUGCUAAGCUGCAUUGAAUUUAUUGCCUGUUCAACUUCCUGUCUUGUAAUUAACCCUUUUAGUAGGAUCUUUUUAUCAUCUGGAAUCUUCUGCAAACCAUUUUAAUAAAUUGCUCAAUUUUUGCCAAAUCCUCUUUGUCCUUUUUAUACAGUUGUUUAUAAUAUUUGUAAAAACAUUUUCUUAUAUCUGCAGGGUUCUCUACAGAUUUUCCUUCUGUUACAAUAUUUGUGAUAGUACUUUGCUUUUGUCUCUUCGUUAACUGCCAGGCUAAUAAUUUCCCACAUUUAUUUGCAGUUUCAAAAUUUCUUUGUCUCAUCCUUCUUAUCUUCCAUUCUAUUUCUUGGUUAACUAACUGUGAAUAUUGAAUCUGUAGGACCUUAAUUUCUUUUUGAAUCUGCAAAUUCUUUGGGUUUCCUCUAAGCUUCUUCUCUUUAUCUUUUAAUUGUUCCAUAAUUUUAUCUUUUCUCUCAUUCUGUGACUUUCUCCUAAUAGAGUUUUGUUGUAUCAGAAACCCUCUCAUUACUGCUUUACUGGCAUCCCAAAUAACCCUUGUUUCCGUUCCCUGAUUCAUAUUAAGUUCCAAAUAAUCCUUUAGGGUUUUUUGGGCUUUAUUCACAAUUGAAGUACUUCUCAACAAAUCAUCAUUCAUUCUCCAUCCGAAGGAACCCUGUACAAACAUUUUCAAGUCCAUAGAAACUGCAUUAGGAUCAGAGCAAGUUUUAGGGCAAAUUUCCGUUUUUAUUACUUUAGGAAACAAGUCUCUGGAUAUCCAUAGGUAGUCCAUUCUCGAAAAUACUUGGUUAGCAUCUGAGAAAAAAGUAAAGUAUUUUUCCAUUGGAUUUCUUAUUCUCCAUAUGUCUGACAAGUCAAAUUUGUCAGUCGAAGAAAGCCUUAGGUAGUCUGCCAGAGUUCGAUACGUUUGAUCUCUGAGUCCUAUCCAUCAUGGUAGAUGCAACAGAGUGUAACACACUGUAAAUUUUAAUCCUCUUGUCCAUAGUCUCUCCCACGCUGCUCAUUCAAUGUUAUAGCCAAAAUGCUUGGCCCAGUGGAUCAUAACUGAUUUGACCUGUUCAUCUUUUGUUUGCCACUCUAAUAGAAGGUUAUACAUUUUGGAAAUGAACAUAAUUUUAUUUCCUAACAGUUCCCUUUCAAACUGGGAGGUUUUAUUUGAAAAACCCUUCUCUUUAUCCAACUUAAACAUUUCUUUAAAUUGGUAAUAUUGCAACCAAUCUGUUACUAAUUCCCUUAUAUCUUCAAACCUCUUUAGUUUUAAAUCCUGAUCUACAUCAUUUCAUAAUUCUUUAUAGGUUGCCCAAUCAUUUCUCAUACUCUCUUUUUUCACCGAUAUUACUUCUAGUGAAGAGAGCCACAUGGUGCUUUUUGUUCCAAUAAAUUUUUACAUUUAUCCAGAAAAGCUUUAUGAACUUUAACCUUGUUAUACCACAAAUAAGCAUGCCAACCAAAUCUGUUAUCAUGCCCUUCAAGAUCUAAUAUGGAACCAUUUCCCAAUGAUAUCCAUUCCUUUAGCCAGCAAAUACAAGACGUCUCAAAAUAAAAUUUCAAAUUGGUAAGGAGAAUCCGCCUCUCCCUUUAGCAUCAGUCAAUACUUUAUACUUUAUUCUUGGUUUCUUCCCCUGCAUUCUUUAAAGCAUCUUAUAUUGUUGAUCCCUGGUACUGUUUGAAACAAAAAUAACAUUUUUGGUAGCACAUUCAUUUUUAUCACAGAUAUUCUUCUCAUAAGUGACAAGUUCACCCUUCCACGAAUUUCUAGACUCUUUAACCUCUCUCCAAGCUCUGACAUAAUUAUCUUUUAAAAUAUUUAUAUUCCUCAGUGUUAACCACACUCCUAAAUAUUUAAUUUUCUUUUCAAUCAUUAUUCCUGUUAAUGAUUGUAGAUCAUUUUUAAUUAGGUCAUUCAUGUUUUUCACCAUAAUUUGUGUUUUGUUUUUGUUAAGUUUGAAACCUGCUACCCCUCCGAAUUUGUUCUAAAACCCUUGGUACACUGACCAUAGGUUCCUCUACGGAUAUCACUGCAUCACCUGCAAAUGCUGAUAUAAGAACUUAUAUGCUCUCUGCCCCACUGUUAUCCCUUUGAUUUCAUUACCAGAUCUAAUUCUUUUAGUCAGAACCUGUAAAACCAAUAUAAGCAGUAACAGUAACAGGGGACAGCCUUGUCUUGUCCCCUUAGUUAUUUUAAAUUUUCCGGUUAAAACAUUAAGAAACAAUUGGAAUUGGUCAGCCUGAGGGCUCCUUCACACACCAAAAGAGGUUUUAAGUGUAAUGUGCAAGUCCAACUCACAUUUUGUACAAAUACACUCAUUAGGGAUUAGUGUCAAGUUCCGUUUGAGCAUACACUUGAUAGCAAAUGCAUGUUUGCCUUCGGAUAAUGUAUGAAGUGGCUCCAAGUUAAAUGAGAACAUACAAUACAGUCCUACAAGCU